AUGGCCAGGAUGACUAUGGUGGACCAGUCGAGGCUGCUGACGAUGCAGCUAACAGCCAUGCAGACCAUGAGAAUGCUCAUAGUGGAGAAGGUUAGGCCGGUAAAGCAUGGAGGAAACACUAUUUAAACCACAACCGGUAUUUCAGUUGACUAUCUAGGUUAAUCAUCUCUUCAUUAUUUUUAUUUUUUUCUCAGGGCGAAAAAAACAAUGGAUUUGAUGUUCUCUACCACAACAUGAAGAAUGGUCAAAUCUCUUCCAAGGAACUUACAGAGUUCAUCAGAGAAAGGUAAGUUGUUGGUAGCCUGGUUCUGGAUCUGUUUGUGCUGUGUCAUGUGCUAACUAUUAUGGUUGUAACCAGGCUAUGUCAUUUGGGUUUUCCUUAGUUAAACUUCCACUCGCCCUUGUUUUGAGGCUUUAACCCAAUGCUGUUCUCAUCAUAGAGGUGAAUUCAAAUCUCAACACAAUUUUUCUAGUUAACCUUAAAGUUGACAGUCCGUUAAAGGUCAUGCACAGUCAAAUUGGGUCAUGUGUUGAGGAUGCCCGGUGAAAGUACAAUCAAUAAAGUGACAACUGCUGGCUCAUUGGUAAAGCCCAAUGUGAAAAUGCCUUGCUUCCUCCUCUGUCAAAAUAAUGAGUUCAGGGGGAGCAUCCUAUUGGCCGAACGAGCCACGUCACCCGUUCAUAAAUGUGCAUACACUAGGGUUGGGCGGUAUCCAGAUUUUCAUACUGUCCUUCUCUCAUCCCGGGAUUUACGGUAUUACUGGCUUAGUACAUAAGGGGCGCCCCAAAAAAGCCCAUUGAGCGUCUAUUACCAGAAUGCUAAAAAAGCACAAGUUAUAGUGAAUUUCCAUGGAGGCUGCUAGCUAAAUAUGCUAAUGACACAAAUGAAAAGAAACAAAUUGCAAAGACAGGCAAUCCAGCUCAUAAAGUUAUAUGUAUAUGGGUAGGAGCUACCGAAUGUCAUUUUUGGUGAGUUUUGACAUUUACAAGCAAAUGUGAAUGAUAGACAUUGUGCAAAUGAAAAAGGUUUUGAAACAUGCUCGUCAGAAGGAAGAACAGUAGCCUAUGGCUCUGGAGCAGCAUCUGUGCACGCUGUGUCUGUGUGUAGUCGCUAGGGCAACUUGCUUGCCUGCUCUGCUCAGAGAUGAGGAGAAGACUGGCCGAGAACGGAGAGGAGAAAAAACGCAAGGAAAUCAAAGAUGGCAUCUGUACAAAUAACUUAUCCAAAGGGCUUUGACUUCUCAAACACUGCAGAAAGCUAACACGAUAUGAUGCCACGUCACCUUAUUAAUUCAGCCACUUACUUAGAUAACUAGCAAGUUAAACUUAGGGGUCACGUUAAUGCAGAAUUCUUCAUUUUUCACGCAGGAAAAAAAGAUACGCCAAUUUCUUAUGCGUUUUAUCUUGCUGCGUUUUUAUAAAUGCAGAUCUAAAAUGCUUUUUAUUGUAAUUUCUGCUCGGCAUCAGACUCACUUUGUGUUUCAGUUGCACGUCUCUACUCGGAUGAGAAUGAACAGGCAUUCUAUCAGCAGACAGCUCUGACUGAUGUGGAGCUACUUUUCUACGGUACUUUUCUCGGUGUAGCCGGCCUACUUUCCUCAGUGAAAUGCAAGACUAACUAAGCAAAACAUUAUGAAAUGUACCUGGCUACAUUCUUUCUAUGAUAAACAUAAGAAAUAUGAUGGCCAUCCAUCGUUUUAGCAAAAAAUACCUGUAAACGCAUUCACUUGUAUGGCUGCUAGCCUAAUAGCGUUGCACUUCUGUUAUUUUCUAUCGAAUGUGUUGCACUAAUGUAUUUUCUGUGAAGGAAAACUAUAGUUGCACGUCCCUGAUCACUCUGUUGAAGCAAAAAACCAAACAGUGGAAUUUUAAUAUAAAACGCGACCCCUGUCAAUACACAGCUGGACUAACCUGCUCCCGCUUUCUCCUGUUGUACUAUUUACUAACAAACAUGUGACUGACUCAACUGUUCUGGGGAACUAUGGUAAGCUUCAUAAUGUGACUGGUGUAAUGAAAAACGCGAUCUGCUUUAUUUCCUAACGUAUUGCACAAGUUGGCUGCAGGUAUUUACUUAAAAAGUAGCUUCAAAUAUGACAAUUUAUUGAAAAACUUCAAAUAAAUAGUUUCAAUGGUAUUGACGGUAUUGAAAAACCAUCCCGUGGCUAUUUCCAAAUAUACAGUGCAUUCGGAAAGUAAUCAGACCCUUUCACUUUUUCCACAUUUUGUUACAUUACAGCUUUAUUCUAAAAUGGAUUAAAUCGUUUUUUCCCCUCAUUAAUCUACACAUGAUUCCCCAUAAUGACAAAGCAAAAACAGGUUUUUAGAAAUUUUUGCAAAUGUAUUACAAAUAAAAAACUAUCACAUUUACAUACGUAAGUAUUCAGACACUUUACUCAGUACUUUGUUGAAGCACCUUUGGCAGUGAUUACAGCAUAGUCUUCUUUGGUAUGACGCUACAAGCUUGGCACACUUGUAUUUGAGGAGUUUCUCCCAUUCUUCUCUGCAGAUCCUCUCAUGCUCUGUCAGGUUGGAUGGGGAGCGUCGCUGCACAGCUAUUUUCAGGUCUCUCCAGAGAUUUUAGAUAGGGUUCAAGUCCGGUCUCUGGCUGGGCCACUCAAGGACAUUCUGAGACUUGUCCCGAAGCUGUCUUGGCUGUGUGCUUAGGGUCGUUGUCCUGUUGGAAGGUGAACCUUCGCCCCAGUCUGAGGUCCUGAGUGCUCUGGAGCAGGCUUUCAUCAAGGAUCUCUUUGUACUUUGCUCCGUUCAUCUUUCCCUUGAUCCUGACUAGUCUCCCAGUCCAUGCCGCUGAAAAACAUCCCCACAGCAUGAUGCUGCCACCACCAUGCUUCACCGUAGAGAUGUUAUUGGCCAGGUGAUGACCGGUGCCUGGUUUCCUCCAGACGUGACGCUUGGCAUUCAAGCCAAAGAGUUCAAUCUUGGUUUCAUCAGACCAGAGAAUCUUGUUUCUCAUGGUCUGAGAGUCCUUUAGGUGCCUUUUGGCAAACUCCAAGCGGGCUGUCAUGUGCCUUUUACUGAGGAGUGGCUUCCGUCUGGCCGCUCUACCAUAAAGGUCUGAUUGGUGGAGUGCUGCAGAGAUGGUUGUCCUUCUGGAAGGUUCUCCCAUCUCCACAGAGGAACUCUGGAACUCUGUCAGGGUUGUUGGUCACCUCCGUGACCAAGGCCCUUCUCCCCCGAUUGUUCAGUUUGGCCGGGCGGCCAGCUCUAGGAAGAGUCUUGGUGGUUCCAAACUUCUUCCGUUUAAGAAUGAUGGAGGUCACUGUGUUCUUGGGGACCUUCAAUGCUGCAGAAAUGUUUUGGUACCCUUCCCCAGAUCUGGGCCUCGACACAAUCCUGUCUCUGAGCUCUACGGACAAUUUCUUCGACCACAUGGCUUGGUUUUUGCUCUGACAUGCACUGUCAACUGUGGGACCUUAUAUAGACAGGUGUGUGCCUUUCCAAAUCAUGUCCAAUCAAUUGAAUUUACCACAGGUGAACUCCAAUCAAGGUGUAGAAACAUCUCAAGGAUGAUCAAUGGAAACAGGAUGCACCUGACCUCAAUUUCGAGUCUCAUAGCAAAGGGUGUGAAUACGUAUGUAAAUACAGUAUUUCUGUUUUUAAUUUUUAAUACAUUUGCAAAAUUUGUCUUUAUGGGGUAUUGUGUGUAGAUUGAGGCAUAUUAUUAAAAAAAAUUAUUUUUUUUUGAAUAAGGCUGUAACGUUACAAAAUUUGGAGAAAGUGAAGGGGUCUGAAUACUUUCCGAAUGCACUGUACCGUAUAAUACGGUAUACCGCCCAAGGCUAGCAUACACCAAUGGGAAUCCUUCUUUGCCUACCAGUCAAUGGUCUCCCACGGCAUAGGGGUUGGCUCACUGUCUUCCGUGCCGAUAAGUGUUGCCAAUUUAGUCACUUUGUUGCUAUAUUAAGAACGUUUCCAGACCGCUCCAGGGACUUUUAUUGGUAAAAGAGUCUAGUGACAAAUUCUGCUACUUUUCAGGCUGCCUUUGGGGAGUUUUGCCACCUAACUUUUCUGUGGUUUUAAUAGCAUUUAGCGACUUUUCCCACUCAAUUUUGCUGCAAAUAAAGAGUGGGAGAAGCUGUUUGUGUAACAGAAGUCACAGCAACGGCGCACACACAGGCUGAGAAGCACAAGGGGAGGGGUGUGCUGCGGGAGAGGGGGCGUAAACGCUAUAUAGCUCUCUGAGUUAUACGUUUAUGAGGAUACAGUAUCUGUUCUAUAACUGAUUGAUCUGUUUGCUCUUCUCAGCUAUAAUGUCACUUAGCAAGCUAGUUACAGUAGCACUCACAGCUAGCAUUGAUGUUAGCUAAGCUCGCAGAUAGCUAGCUUAGCUAACAUACCUAGCACACCUAGAGUUGACGAUAGGAAGGCUACAUCCAGACGUUGUCAGUACGUGCUUAUAAGAUACAUAAGUUAGUUAUUAAGUUAUUUACCAUUCCAGUAGCCGUUGGAGUGAAUUAAUUUAUUACAUUACAUUUUUGUGUCAAAUCGCCAGUUGGCAACCCAUCCCUUAUGGGAUUAAUUGACACAUAAACAAACAUUACAAUAAUUCAGUGAUAAUUCUUCCAAAUCAUGAGUGAAUGUUACAUUUGAUCUAUUUGUCGAUCUCAAUUUUUUUAAUUUAACCAUUAUUUAACUAGGCAAGUCAGUUAAGAACAAAUUCUUAUUUACAAUGACAAGCAUACUGAUAGUCACAGAUGAGAGAGUGUUCAUUUUAAUAGUGAAAAUAAUAUUAUGGGUGAUGUUUUGGUUACUCUGGGAAAUAGGAUGACUGUGCAUUCCCUUUAAGAAAACAUGUCUGGUAUGCACCCAUGACUCUAAGUCGCUUUGGAUAAAAGUUUCUGCUAAAUGGCAUAUAUUAGUUUACUACUUCAGUUUAGUCUGGAUCUCUCAGUGCAGGUGUAAUUUUCUAGUCUUCCGGUUCAAUGGUUAUGCAAAUGUAGUGUUAUUUUCCGUUUACUUUAGUUAUUUGCUAUUCAGAGCCUGACCCAAAUCUAAAUAGCUAACUUGAGAUUCUCACACAUUUCCCAUUGACACUAAUAGAUCAUUUACACACACAGGUUUCUUUAGCCAAAGUCUUUAUAGAAACUCUUUUCUCUCUGCCUUUUCUCAUCAAUCACAUUUACCUACAUGUUACUUUUCAAUCGGAAUCAAAUUACAUUAUCAAGUCAAUCAAUCACUUGAAGAAUUGUGUGACUAGGGUUAUACUACCUAUUUGCUAUAGAGGGAGCCUGUGUUGUAGUCAAUCAAUUACUUGAAUUAUAUUUAGGUUAGUACGAAAGGCUGUGGAGAAAGGAGAUUAAUAUCGAAGUACAGUAUUUCAUAUCACCCAGGAGCAAUCACAGUUUGAUUAAUCCAACCUAAGGAAAUACAGUCCUCUUUUAGCUCUCCUUAACAGAGAGAAUUAGCUGUGGAAGGAGCAUGUGGUGUAGCCUACUCUCCCAGGCUUAGGCCUGAUUAGGCCACCUGCACACCUGAACACUCCAUGGACUGUGAAACACUGGCAGUGAACUGCAUACCUGUAGCCUCUCAACCAUAAUAAGAGCUUAAUCAUACCUCCUUUAGAAUUCCUCUCACGCCUUGAGAUGUCUUUCAUUGUGUUUGAGGUCUAUUUUUAUAACCUUGUCUGCUCAAGGUCUCCUGUUGGAAUUCAGGCUGGGCUGGCCCACUCAAAAAUGUGCUCAUCACUCAAACAGACACCGCAUUUAUUACACUAUGUAUUGCCACAGACCAUAAAUAUUAGGCUACCACAGAAACCGUCAAGUUUCCACAGCUUGCGGUUUGCUUUGACACUGUGGGUAGGGAAGCUCCUGUUAGUGGAGGCGUAGACUUGCCCUAUACAGUCUUAUGUCCAGUCUGUGGUGUAGAUUUACAUUUUUACAUUUACAUUUUAAUCAUUUAGCAGACGCUCUUAUCCAAAGCGACUUAGUUAGUGAGUGCAUACAUUUUUCAUACUGGAAUAGAUGGGUCACAGGUAGCUUACUAGCCUACAUCUCAGGUUUAGGCCUAUAUCGUUACUGUUCUGUGUAACUGAGACUCAACCUGCACACCUACCUACCCAUCAGAAUCAGUGUUGACAUGUGAUCCCAUGGGUUUCUGUGUUCCUUUUGAGGAAGUCUCACACAUCUCAGAAACACUGUGUUGUGGCUCCCUCUGGUGGCCUGAAAAAGACCAUGCACCUACAGUACUGUACCAUGUGUAAAGUUAUAUAGGCCUACUAUGACACACAGACAAUAUUCGUCCUGCAGGUAGUUGUUCACUAGCAUCUAUAUAAGUCAAAGAUAAAUGGAUUUGAGAGGCAUUUGGUCUGUAACAUUGAAUCUGUGAGUGUUUGAGUGUGGAGUGGAGGGGUGCAGGCAGGUCUGUGUGUUAGGAGGGGAGAGCGGUCUUAGCCCAGAGUGUAUUUACACACCUGGAGUGCCUUUAUUCUCUGUGGAGUUAUGGCAUUUUCUCUGUGUGUGUGUUUGUGUGUGUGUGUGAAUGAGUUCAGGGGGAGCAGCCUAUUGGCCGAACGAGCCACGUCACCCUUUUCAUAAAUGUGUAUACACCAAUGGGAAUCCUUCUUUGCCCACCAAUCCCUGGUCUCCCACGGAAUAGGGGUGUGCAUGUGCCUUGAGUUGUGGUUUGGGAACUGGACCACGUCAUUUUCCUGUGAAAAGGAUGGAGAUAAGGAUGACAAACCACGGUAACCUGCCAUGGUAACCUGUCAAGAAGAACUUAUACAAACCUUUGGUAGAGUUCCAGUGCAUCUAGGCUAAGUUACACUGAUAUCUGUUAGUAAAGGGAGAUGGAAGCCAUGUGUACAUGUAACUUGGCAUGCGUGUUUGUCAGAAUGCUGUGUGUGUGUGCGUGUGAAUGUGUGCUUGCCUCUGGUUGUCCCUGCCUGACCCUCCUCUUCUCCUCCUGUGGUGACCUGACUGCAGUGGGAGGCUAAGUAAAUCAUACAUGCAUUAUUCAGGCCUCCACUAAAACAAUGUUUUAAGUUUGUACUUCUGUCACUUCCAUGUAGGAGAAUGGGGGGAUGAUGAGGGAGGGAGAGAAGGAAGAGAGGGAGGAAAGGAGGGGAGGGAUGGGAAGCUCUCUCCUCUCUGUGCUUCGACAUGACACUAAAUAAAUGGGAGACCGUGAUGAACAAAGCUCACUACUAGAUGAACCACACUUGGUUGGGCUUUGCUUUGACUAACACUCAACUUUGUGCCUGCAGUCAAACAUUUAUGUCCCUAGUGUUUGUGAGUGUUUGGUGGGUGUGGAGUUGUCUUGUGCUUUGACUUACAUGUCUAGUACUUGUUGUAAUCACUCAAUGGAACUCCUUACAACCGGUAGAUGAUUUGAGGGCUUUUAGUACUGUGUUGAUCGAUUUUAUAAUGGUUGAACUGAUUCAGUAGAGUAAGGUUGAAUCACAAAUGGCCCUAUGGGCCCUAGUCAAAAGUAGUGGAAUAGAGUGUCAUUAGAAAUGCAUACUGAGUGAUGUUACUGUAGGUUCAGUAGGUAAAAAUGAUUAAGGUAAUGACGUUAUGUGCUUUGUCCCUCUAGGGCUACCAUAGAAGAGGUCUAUGCCAGGUCAAUGACCAAACUUGCCAAGUCAGCUGGCAACUUCUCUCAGCUCGGGUAAGACACACACGCUCGCGCGUCAGGUGAAGAGAGAUACGUUUGUGUCCCAUAUCAACCCUCCCUAUUUAAUGGUAAGACAAGUCUUCCCUGAAUGAAUGCUCUACUGAACACACUCCAGUUAAUAAAGUGUGUCUGUCUGUGUGCUGCAGGACGUUUGCCCCGGUGUGGGAUGUGUUUAAGACGUCCACAGAGAAGCUGGCCAGCUGCCACCUAGAGCUGGUGAGGAAGCUACAAGAGCUUAUCAAAGAUGUGCAGAAGUACGUGGACGACCAGGCCAAGGCCCACAAAAAGGUGCAUGACGGAGAACCGAACGCGACACCACACAUCACAUAGUUUCCUUAUAACAAGCGCAGACCUACAAACAGUACGGCAGGUAGAAUCACACAACACAACAUACCGCUUUGUUCCUUUAGGCAUGACAUUUCAGUCAUUUAGCAGACCCUCUUAUCCAGAGCGACUUACAGGAGCAAUUAGGGUUAAGUGCUUUGCUCAAGGGCACAUCGACAGAUUUUUCACCUAGUCAGCUCGGGGAUUCGAACCAGCGUCAUUUCGGUUACUGGCCCAACGCUCUAAACCGCUAAGCUACCUGCUGCGUCAACUAGUCUGUCCUUGCUGGUGUCUUUGCUCUGUCUGCCUGUGUAGGCUGCUGCUGGUGACAACCUAUGUUUACCCUCUGGAGACCAGUAAAGCUCACUUAUUUCAGUCACUGCUAUGGGGAAGAGUUUCAGAAGAGUUAUUCUACUGAUAGUCUGGAGAGAAUGUUUGUGUUCUCUGUCCUGCCUGGAGUAACCACCGGAGUGUCACCUCCUAUGGCAUGUAUGUGCCAGCAGGUCUAAUUAAUCAAACACUGCCUGUGAAUUAGCAGAGUUGGGUUUGAGCUUUCAGCAUAACUAAACAGGCUGUCCCACAACACUGUCACACACACACAGAAUGUCAAGUUGCCAUUUUAGCUAAACUACUUUCUACCGUUUUAAUGAUCUUUGCUUCCAUUAAGUGGUUUCAAUCAUGGACUUUUCAAACAAGGACACUAAAAUGAAUGUGUUUGAAGUGUUUCAAUGGUUGCUGUCUUCCUCUGUCCUGCUCAGACCAAGGAGGAGGUGGCGUCCACACUGGAGGCCGUCCAGACCAUCCAGACCACUGGGGUAGCCUUACAGAAGUCCAAGGAGAACUAUAACGCCAAAACUGUGGAGCAGGAGAGACUCCGCAAGGAGGGAGCCACACAGCGAGAUGUGGACAAGGUACUGUACACUAGACUUACUGUAAGAACACCAGACUAAACUAUACUAGGUGACACAUGAAAACAGAUGGCCAUUUUCCUGUUGUCUGUCUGUCUCUGAUCUCUGCAGGCUGGAGUGAAGGCCAAGAAAGCCACGGAAACCUACAAGGGCUUUGUGGAAAAAUACGCCACAGCCAAGUCCGAGUUUGAACAGAAGAUGGCUGAAACUGCACAGGUGUGUAUUUGUGUGUGGGUAUUCCAUCCACUUCCUAGUACCACAGGACAAUGUGUUUGUGUGUGGGUAUUCCAUCCACUUUCUAGUACCACAGGACGAUGUGUUUGUGUGGGUUUCUUGUUUUUGUGUGUGGUGUACUCUACUCUAGUAUGUGCUUUGUGUGCAUGUUUUAAGGCUCUUGGGUGUGUGUGUGUGCGUGCGUGUGUGUGUGUGUGUGUGUGUGUGUGCGUGUGUGUGCGUGUCUACCGCUCAGUAUUCCGUGCUGUGUGUGUUCUUUGCUCUGCAUCGUCUCAGCUUGUGUUAUUUCCUCACUAACGGAAUCAUUGUGGAAAACUCUGAUUGGAACCAUCUGAACGACUGAUUAGAUAAACUCCAAAUUCAAAUCAGACAACAGUAUUUUACCCUCCUUAUCCUGCACUGCAGCGAGCCACACGGCCAAACUGGUUUGAGUUAGGGCAGCGUUUCUGUUUUCCCUCCGAGACAACAGCAGGGCAGCUCUGCUUCCUAAGAUCAGUCAAUGGCUCCUCUCAAAUUCAGCACAUGAGUUCUAAACACGGCACAGGCACACAUGUCUUCUGUGACAUCACUUGUGUGUGUUUCAAGUUUGUGUAUCUGUCUGACUGUCUGUCUGACUGUCUGACUGUCUGUGUAACUGUCUGUCUGACUGUCUGUAAGCUGAUGUGAACGCUGGGGUUUAAGCAAGUGUGCUCGCCUGUGAAUGUACUCUGUGUGUCAUGUGUUUGAGUGUGUACACUAGCUGUGGUAGUGUUUGCUGGAGCAAUCAUGGAUGUGUGUGUGUAAGAGAUUGCCUAUAUCCAUGUUAAUGAGGUCAGGUACACUCAUCUUCCCUCUCUAUCCACGCUGUGAUUUUCCAGCUUAUGAUUAUUUAUAGUCCUUCUCCUCGGUUUACCCCAAACUCUCCCCAGUCAGAGCCAGCCCUGGAUGGGAGUAAACACCAUCGUUUAGAGCCCAGACACACACACACACACAGACCGCUCCAGAGCCCAGAGAUGAGCCCCGCUCUGUGUAUCUCAUGGCUGGCCCGCCCUGGAUAAUUAGCACCUUGUGCUGCAGUGGGAUCUGUGUGUUGGUGUGCCUUCGUUUCUAGACCACCCAAAUAGAGACGACACACACAGGAAGGAAGUGGCUAGGGCACAAAGAAGAAGUGUUUCUCUUUUAGGGAAAUGUAUACAUGUGUUUUUAUCAAUCCAAGAGUAAUCUUUCUGCCCAGUGUUUCUCCUACAUUGGACACGGUGCAUAUGUUCUGUUGUACACAUUGGACUCUUUGAAAUCUUAACCCAUGAUAGAGGCCAGAGGUUUCCUGACCUGGCCUGACCAGAAACUCUUUGUCCUAGUUCAAUAUAUUACAGCUAGUGCCCAGAGUUGUUCCUGAUCAGGUCACAUCAGGUCAGGGAAAACUCCAGGUCCUAAAUCUUCUACUGCCAUAUUUGUUUUGCCCAGGUUUAGUGUCUCCUCAGUGGAGAUGUAUAAUGUGCUGCAUAUUUACUCCUGUAUGUUUUCUCUCUGUGUUCCAGAAAUUUCAGGACAUCGAGGAGAGCCACAUCGUCCACAUGAAGGAUAUCAUUCAGUCAUACACACAAUCUGUUGACGAGACACACGUUCAGAUCGGAGAGGUGAGUCGGCACACACACACUGCACGAAUGCGCACGCUCACACGAUCACGCACGCACACACACACAUUCCUGUGGGUGGGGUGAGGCGGGGCGUGUGUCCUGUCCCAGUGCUCAGUGGGUUCACUGUGUCAGAUUAAUUAGUGUAGUCUUUGAUCACUCUAAUAGUUUCACUGAGAACCAGGAAGUCUUCCAUUCAGCUGUUUAUAGCAACCAAUUAAAAACUGAUCAAAACUCCCUCUCGACCAAUUGAAAACACCUUCAACAUACAAGCAGAGGCACGGCAUGCCAACUGUACUAGGCAUCUCUCUCUGUGUGGAUAUGUUACUGGACUUUACUGUGGUCUACUGUACAUAACUCAAUUAUUGAUAAUUCCACUUCCAUCAUUAUAUUAUCACAAUUUUUUUAUCUCAAAUAUUGUUCUGUCAUAGAUAUUGUUCUGUCAUAGAUAUUGUUCUGUCAUAGAUAUUGUUCUGUCAUAGAUAUUGUUCUGUUAUAGAUAUUCUAGAUGUUUUACUACUUGACGGAAUAGACAACUGAAAAGAAACUCCGCUCCACUCUGUGGAGUGGCCUGUGCUGCUGCAGUCCCAUUAGUGUCCACAGGGGGCACCAAAGCCCCACUCUCUGCCCUAAAGCUCCAGUGUUACCAUGCAUCUGAACAGGAGAAAGACAACACGGCCUGUCUAUGUCUCAAAGGGUACCCUAUUUCCUAUAAUAUCAUCUGGUUUUGACCAGGGCCCAUAUAGGGAAUCUAUAUAGGGAAUAGGGUACCAGUUGGGACACAGCCUAUGUUUCUGUGUUAGGCUGGCUGGGCUUAAUUAAAAUAGAGCCUGAAGGUGGGUGAGUGCUCUCCCAAACAGCUGGCAAAGUAUGCGCAGGCAGCACAAGUAAUUGGGAUUCUGUGAUGAAUACCCUUUAAGAGGUGGGAUCAGAGGGAGGGAGGGAGGGAGGGAGGGAGGGAGGGAGACUGGCCACUCCAAUCGUGCAAGAUACUGCUUCAUCAGUUAGACCACAGACACGCAAACUCAUCCCAGACAUGCAAACACACACACAGUACACUUACUUUACCAGCACUAUAGACAAACAAAUAUACACGCUGUCAAUAUACUGUACACACGCCGACAUUGCACUGUACACACACACGGUCACUUAAAAUAAUCCAUAUUGUCCAAACACAUCAACACACUUAAAUCUGACUAUUCAUACUGUCUAUUCACAAACAGACACACACACACUCGUUCACAUACACACAAACAUUGACACACACACACACAUUAUCCGGCCAGGCGAACACACUGUCUACCGACACGCACACACAGCCCCAGUUUGGCUAUUGGGCUCGCUGGCUAGCCUACAUUUUUAAGUGUAGUUUCAUGUUAACCAGGGACUGGGCCUUGGGCUGGGCCUAGGGUCUAAACAGUGGCGUGGCAGUCUGCAUGGCUCCGCCAUUAUCUAGUUAGCCUAGCCCUAUUCUCUCUAGUGUUCUCCCUGCUCUAGUCUGGACAUGAAUGGAAACCUCUAAAGCAUGAGGGAGAAGGAGGAGAGGACAUUUAGGGAUAGAGGGACUGCAUGGGAGUGAGGGAAGAGAACAAGAGGUAUAGAGAGACUGCAUGGGAGUGAGGGAAGAGAACAAGAGGUAUAGAGAGACUGCAUGGGAGUGAGGGAAGAGAACAAGAGGUAUAGAGAGACUGCAUGGGAGUGAGGGAAGAGAACAAGAGGUAUAGAGAGACUGCGUGGGGGAGACGGGAGGAGGGCGGGAAAAGAGAGCGAAGCGAGAAAGAUGAGGGAAGACGGGGAGGAAGAUGAGAGGAGGAAAAUAGGACGGAAAGGAGGGAGGGAGAAUGGUUUGGAGAGGAGGGGGUGAAGAUUGGGGAAGAGGGAGGGGGAUGGUUGGAGAGGAGGGGGUUGGAGAGGGGAAAGAGGGAGGGGGAUUGUUUGGGGGGGGGAGGGUGGAGAGGGGGGUGGUGGAGAUGGGGAAGGCUGGGUAGGGGCGAGGGGGUGGAGGUGGGGGGGGGUGGCAGUUUGUGGGGGGUGGCCGGGGGAGGGGGGGCCGGGUUGGCGGGGGUGGGUGGGGGGGGGCCGGGGUAGGCGCGGUUGUGAACGCGGGGGUGGCGCGGGGCUUGGGGGUUGGAGGGGGUUGAAGGGAGGGGUGGAGCGGUUUGGGGCGCGGGAGCCCGGGGGGGAGGUUGGGGAGGGGUGGGGUGGGCGGGAAAGGGGGUGGCGAGGUUUGAGGGGGGGCGUUGGAUGGGGGGGGGGGGUGGUGCGGGUUGGAGGAGAGGCGGGGCGGGGGGUGGAGAGGGUUGAAAGAGGCGGGGGUGGGCGGGGCCCGAGCGGGCGGGGGUGGCGGAGGGGGGCGGGUGGAGGAGGGUGAAAGAGGCGGGGGUGGGGGGGGGCGGGGGGGUGGCGCGGGGAAAGAGGAGGGGGUGGAGAGGGUUGAAAGAGGAGGGGGUGGGGGUUGGCGAGGGGUGGAGGGGGGAGCGGAGGGGGUGGGAGGGGAAAAGGGAGGGGUGGGGGGGGGCCCGGGUGGAGAGGGGGGCGGGAGGGGAGAAAGUAAAGAGACUGCAUGUAGCCAAGAGAGGUCAUCUAAAUACAUUAUGCUCUGAGAGGAGAUUGUGGUCCUCUGUAGCUCAGUUGGUAGAGCAUGGCGCUUGCAACGCCAGGGUAGUGGGUUUGAUUCCGGGACCACCCUUACAUACAAAAUGUGGAUUAAAGCAUCUGCUAAAUGGCAUAUAUUAUUAUAUUAUAUUUAUAUAUUAGAAUGUAGACAAUUUAACUCAAAGUAAUAUUUGGUACUACUUCAUUACUACUGUGUGUUUAUUCUGGUUCAUAUUUUUACAACAAUUUGCCUGCAUGCUGUGCAGAGAGUCACUGCAGGUGUGUGUGUACAGUGAGGGGAAAAAAGUAUUUGAUCCCCUGCUGAUUUUGUACGUUUGCUCACUGACAAAGAAAUUAUCAGUCUAUAAUUUUAAUGGUAGGUUUAUUUGAACAGUGAGAGACAGAAUAACAACAAAAAAAUCCAGAAAAACGCAUGUCACAAAUGUUAUAAAUUGAUUUGCAUUUUAAAUUAGGGAAAUAAGUACUUGACCCCUCUGCAAAACAUGACUUAGUACUUGGUGGCAAAACCCACAAUCACAGAGGUCAGACGUUUCUUGUAGUUGGCCACCAGGUUUGCACACAUCUCAGGAGGGAUUUUGUCCCACUCCUCUUUGCAGAUCUUCUCCAAGUCAUUAAGGUUUCGAGGCUGACGUUUGGCAACUCGAACCUUCAGCUCCCUCCACAGAUUUUCUAUGGGAUUAAGGUAUGUAAACUGGCUAGGACACUCCAGGACCUUAAUGUGCUUCUUCUUGAGCCACUCCUUUGUUGCCUUGGCCGUGUGUUUUGGGUCAUUGUCAUGCUGGAAUACCCAUCCAUGACCCAUUUUCAAUGCCCUGGCUGAGGGAAGGAGGUUCUCACCCAAGAUUUGACGGUACAUGGCCCCGUCCAUCGUCCCUUUGAUGCGGUGAAGUUGUCCUGUCCCCUUAGCAGAAAAACACCCCCAAAGCAUAAUGUUUCCACCUCCAUUUUUGACGGUGGGGAUGGUGUUCUUGGGGUCAUAGGCAGCAUUCCUCCUCCUCCAAACACUGCGAGUUGAGUUGAUGCCAAAGAGCUCCAUUUUGGUCUCAUCAACACUUUCACCCAGUUCUCCUCUGAAUCAUUCAGAUGUUCAUUGGCAAACUUCAGACUUUUAUAUAGGUAACAAUCUGAGAUUAGGAGCACUCCCUUUAAGAGUGUGCUCCUAAUCUCAGCUCGUUACCUGUAUAAAAGACACCUGGGAGCCAGAAAUAUUUCUGAUUGAGAGGGGGUCAAAUACUUAUUUCCCUAAUUUAAAAUGCAAAUCAAUUUAUAACAUUUUUGACAUGCGUUUUUCUGGAUUUUGUUGUUAUUCUGUCUCUCACUGUUCAAAUAAACCUACCAAAUAAUAGACUGAUCAUUUCUUUGUCAGUGGGCAAACGUAAAAAAUCAGCAGGGGAUCAAAUACUUUUUUCCCUCACUGUAUAUAUAGUGUGUGUGUGUGUUUUGGAGGGCAGGUGUGUUUGGUGUGCGUGCAAUGUUUGUAUUUGUAAGCGAGCAUUUGUGUGUGAGAGAGGUACCCUUGAGCUGAUGUGCUUUUUUGUGCAUCUGUGAAAAAUCACAGUGAGUUGGAGGAGGGGCGAUGGUGUGUGUCUGUCAGGGUGUGUUUGAGACAUGCAGGCAGGUGAUGACGUCACAGCAUGUUCCCUCACGGCAGCAGGAUACAGCAAGUGGCUGGCUGGCUGCAGCACCUGACAGAUUGCGUGUGCUGGAGUGAGCAUUCUACCUCGCCACGGCAACCCACGCCCAACCCCCAUCCCCUCGCGAGGGUGCAGGGGGCUAAUGCACUCUGCCUUGCUGGAGGGGUCGGGGGGGGGGUCCACGGUGUGUGUGUUCAUGGUGUGUGUGUGUUCAUGAUAGUGAGUGGACAUACGCUGUUGUGUUUACAGUAUCACGCACAUCUGAAUCAUUUGGCGAGAUGGCACAGCCAGUCAGUCCAUGUUCGUCAUCUAUCUUGUCCUUCUCUCCGACAGACAGACACACACACACUCUGACACACACGCCACUAACAUCCAAAGUAAACAAACAAACACCAUCCUUCCCGUGAUAGCACCCAGAGGGCAUCAGGAGACCGCUCUGUCUACAACAAUAAACCAUACCAUUAUGUAAGCCAGUCUCCACAUGCCUUAGAGACACAUUGUGCAGAGAAUAGUUUUAAACAACGGAGAGAGAGAAGCAAAUGCUGGGUAGUCCAGUCCUCUAGAGGGAGUAUUGUAGUACAGUAGUAGUCCAGUCCUUUAGAGGGAGUAUUGUAGUACAGUAGUAGUCCAGUCCUUUAGAGGGAGUAUUGUAGUACAGUAGUAGUCUAGUCCUUUAGAGGGAGUAUUGUAGUACAGUAGUAGUCCAGUCCUUUAGAGGGAGUAUUGUAGUACAGUAGUAGUCCAGUCCUUUAGAGGGAGUAUUGUAGUACAGUAAUAGUCCAGUCCUUUAGAGGGAGUAUUGUAGUACAGUAGUAGUCCAGUCCUUUAGAGGGAGUAUUGUAGUACAGUAGUAGUCCAGUCCUUUAGAGGGAGUAUUGUAGUACAGUAGUAGUCUAGUCCUUUAGAGGGAGUAUUGUAGUACAGUAGUAGUCCAGUCCUUUAGAGGGAGUAUUGUAGUACAGUAGUAGUCCAGUCCUUUAGAGGGAGUAUUGUAGUACAGUAAUAGUCCAGUCCUUUAGAGGGAGUAUUGUAGUACAGUAGUAGUCCAGUCCUUUAGAGGGAGUAUUGUAGUACAGUAGUAGUCCAGUCCUUUAGAGGGAGUAUUGUAGUACAGUAGUAGUCCAGUCCUUUAGAGGGAGUAUUGUAGUACAGUAGUAGUCCAGUCCUUUAGAGGGACUAUUGUAGUACAGUAGCAGUCCAGUCCUUUAGAGGGAGUAUUGUAGUACAGUAGUAGUCCAGUCCUUUAAAGGGAGUAUUGUAGUACAGUAGUAGUCCAGUCCUUUAGAGGGAGUAUUGUAGUACAGUAGUAGUCCAGUCCUUUAGAGGGAGUAUUGUAGUACAGUAGUAGUCCAGUCCUUUAGAGGGAGUAUUGUAGUACAGUAGUAGUCCAGUCCUUUAGAGGGACUAUUGUAGUACAGUAGUAGUCCAGUCCUUUAGAGGGACUAUUGUAGUACAGUAGUAGUCCAGUCCUUUAGAGGGAGUAUUGUAGUACAGUAGUAGUCCAGUCCUUUAGAGGGAGUAUUGUAGUACAGUAGUAGUCCAGUCCUUUAGAGGGAGUAUUGUAGUACAGUAGCAGUCCAGUCCUUUAGAGGGAGUAUUGUAGUACAGUAGCAGUCCAGUCCUUUAGAGGGAGUAUUGUAGUACAGUAGUAGUCCAGUCCUUUAGAGGGAGUAUUGUAGUACAGUAGUAGUCCAGUCCUUUAGAGGGAGUAUUGUAGUACAGUAGUAGUCCAGUCCUUUAGAGGGAGUAUUGUAGUACAGUAGCAGUCCAGUCCUUUAGAGGGAGUAUUGUAGUACAGUAGUAGUCCAGUCCUUUAGAGGGAGUAUUGUAGUACAGUAGUAGUCCAGUCCUUUAGAGGGAGUAUUGUAGUACAGUAGUAGUCCAGUCCUUUAGAGGGACUAUUGUAGUACAGUAGUAGUCCAGUCCUUUAGAGGGAGUAUUGUAGUACAGUAGUAGUCCAGUCCUUUAGAGGGAGUAUUGUAGUACAGUAGUAGUCCAGUCCUUUAGAGGGACUAUUGUAGUACAGUAGUAGUCCAGUCCUUUAGAGGGAGUAUUGUAGUACAGUAGUAGUCCAGUCCUUUAGAGGGAGUAUUGUAGUACAGUAGUAGUCCAGUCCUUUAGAGGGAGUAUUGUAGUACAGUAGUAGUCCAGUCCUUUAGAGGGAGUAUUGUAGUACAGUAGCAGUCCAGUCCUUUAGAGGGAGUAUUGUAGUACAGUAGCAGUCCAGUCCUUUAGAGGGAGUAUUGUAGUACAGUAGUAGUCCAGUCCUUUAGAGGGAGUAUUGUAGUACAGUAGUAGUCCAGUCCUUUAGAGGGAGUAUUGUAGUACAGUAGUAGUCCAGUCCUUUAGAGGGAGUAUUGUAGUACAGUAGCAGUCCAGUCCUUUAGAGGGAGUAUUGUAGUACAGUAGCAGUCCAGUCCUUUAGAGGGAGUAUACAGUGAAAAGCACAGAACCAUAUUGUAUUUAUCAAUCCGCCUGAGCAUUCUAAAAAUGAGGCACCCAGAGAGCAGUCCCCCAGGACAUGAGCUGUCACUCUCACAAGCUAUCUCACACACACACAAACACACACACACACUGCCCCAUGUUUUAAUCACAGCAGUACCUCCCAGUGGUACUACCACAGAGUGAGCCCUCAAUGGACUCAAUGACCGUCCAGCAGCUCAGCCCAGCGACUGUCAGGCUAGCCCACAGCCCCAGAGAGAGGGGAGAGGGCCCUAGGAGCACCAGUUCAAGUGUGUCUGAUUCCAAGUGUCUGCCACUCUACCUUCAGUUCUUAUUUCUUGUAUUAAUGUAGGCUAAUCCAUUCUGAUGCCUCACUGUACUGAUGCCAGACCUGGGUCAAAUACGCCAGAAUACUUGAGCUGCACUUGAUUUACAGCAGUUUGCCCUGUACAAUGGAACCAAUGGAAUAGUCCCAAAAGUGCAACUCCAAAUUAAACGAAGCGCACCUCUUGACCCUGUGUGUUUGUUGUUGUCCCUCUGCAGGUCCAUACAGAGUUUGAAAGGAACAUGGAGAACACCUCUGUGGAGGGCUUGAUACAGAAACUCGCUGACAGUAAAGGAACGGGCAAAGAGAGACCAGGUAAUAUUCCCCAUACGCACAGACACACCUGCCAUGAUAGCCUAAACACGUAUACAGAUCAAUGUAUUACAAAUAUGUUGGUGUGUAUGAGUGGUGAAGCAUUUCAGUGGUUAGCGGCAACUUAUGUAAUUGUCCUACUCCUUCAAUAUGCCUGACUCUGACUGUAGAUCAGUGGUUACUUAGGCUAACUUCUACAGUAUACCUACUCCUUCAACGUGGCUGAAUCUGACCCUGUAUCAGUGGUUACUUAGGCGCAACUUCCUUCAAAGUGACUUCCUGUCUUUAAGAUGGAGACAGGCCUAUGAGAGAGAGUUAGCCAAUGAGAGAGCAGUAAUGAGAGGUGAUAGAAGGCCAUCAGACUCAAUAGCUGUAAUCUGCUGUAAAGGUAGGCAGGUCAGGCCAGACAUUCAAGUUAGCAUGUGACACAAUGCAGACCAGCACAGGGGCCAGGGAGGCUUUGCUUUACGCACACACACACACACACACUCUGCUGUGUUUAGGCUGCAGACUAAACUAAGCAGCCGGAACCAAGCUCUUUUGGGGAUCAGGAACUCAACAAUGACUCUUGUGUAAGCUAUGACAUGCUACAGUAAUCAAGGGAAAUCUGACAAUAUAAUGUUAUCCAUUGUGGCUUUCCCAGGGGCUUGCACCCCAUCACAUCAGGUAGGCGACACAAAGGGCCUGACUUGGGGUGUGUUUGUGUGUAUACAAACGGUGACCCCUGACCCCUGUGUCCAGAUGGGGCGUCCGAGCAGCGCCGGCCUUCAUUUGUUUUGACAGCAGAAUUAAUUGAGGGCUGAAAACAGUUGUAGAAUUCCUCCCCGUAUCAAGCUGUUCAUUAGAGAUCGCACCGCGGUCUAGGCCCUGUCAGAAAAAUAACCUGCCUGUCCCUUGAUGAAAUAGCUGAACGGAUGGCCGAUCCUGUGCCUUUAGAGAGAGAGAGAGGUUGAAUAAACUUUCUACCACGGAAACAAUCUCAAAGUGACACGCUGCUAGGCGAGGGGGGGGGGGGGUUCGUAGUGUUCACCGAUAUCCAGCUGAGCUGUCAACUGGCGGCGAGCCAGACACGCAAACCCCUCCGCCCCUCUCCCUCCCUCUUUCCCGCUCCGAGCUCCAUGUGAAGCAUAUGCAAUUUUAAAAACCAUCCUCCGCUCAUGCGUGACUGCAUGCUUCCCUCACAGAGAGAGAGUGACAGAGAGGAAUAAGAUAAAAGAAACAUCUACCUCUACAUAAACAAAGUCGUCUGUCUGUUUAUGACAUUUUUAAACAGAUCCUAAUGGGCCUGUGCAGAUUUAGGUAAGAUUGGCGUGUCUGGUGUAGGUUGUUUUGCUGUAGUCGGUGUGAGUAAAUAUUGUCAGAUGUAGGAUGCUGUCGGCGAAAGGUUCCUGCUCUGUUUAUGCUUUAUUUUUCGGUAAGUUUUGGUCAGUCAUGUGGAGGAGCCUAAGUAUAGUCUUUAGACAUUAUUAUUCAAAUAUGUUUUUUAUUAUUAUUCUCUUAGAAUUGGUGAUUAUGGGUGUUUGGCAACGCCAGCAACUGUUGAUUACUUUAGGAGGUUAUGGAUCCCUCUUCACUUAGUAAAUGGAACUGCUUGUUGUCAACACUGUGGAUUAGGGAUGGAGCAGCGGAUAGGUCUCUCUCUCGUGAACUAGUUCUUGGAUGAGCGUGGCGUUUGUUUUGAUUGGAACGGAACACGCAGUCACAUCAGUGUGGGUUCACCGGCGGUGAAGAGCUAACAGGAGAGGGCCUGAUAUUGCACAGGAGAGUAGAUUGGUGUACUUUAUCCAUGUCACUUGGCGUGAUGCGUGCCUCUCAUGACUUACCACUUCCCUGAGCUUCUCCAAGAGCUGUGCAUGUCGAAUAAUGCGUCAAUUUUGCCCAUAACUGACAUUCCCUGGGGAAGGCAGCAUCGAACCGCUGUUGCCAUAUACAUUGGACUAAAAUAUAAUUAGCUUUGUUUUUUCAGGUCAAGAUAUUUUAGUGCCAUGGAAAUGAAAUCUUGCCCGAGGCUGGCCUCCCCUCUCUUCUCUCCCUCCUUGGUCUGCCAUAGGCUAUUAAAUGCAGACGUCGUGUCCUGGUCGUGCAUUAGCUUUUAAGAAGAUAAAUGCUCAAAAGGGAACAUGGAACGGAUCGGUGUUGUGAUGAGUAGGCUGUGUAUUCACAGAACCCCUAGUUUGCUCUAUCAACAGACAAAAUAGAUAACAUAAUUAACAGAAUAAUAUUUAUUCCAUAUAUUAUAGACUAUACCACUCUAACCUUGUGUUCAUAUUAGUUAAUGUAUUUAUUAUUAAUUGAUUAUUGCUCUAAUUUUACAUUUUUUUAUUAAAACAAAGUAAAAGUCACCAUUUCACACUCAUCAUCUUACUAUCUCUGCUUAUGAUAAACCAUAAGACAAUAGCUUUUCAAACCGUUGACUUGCAUCAUUGCGCUAAAAUCAUAUGGGGCCAUCCAUAUACUAAGAGUCCCCCAUUGCAGUACAUUGAUUGACACGCAUAUUCAUCCUGAGUUGUUCUUGGUUUUUCCCACAGCUUUUUAAAUAGGGUGCUCAUGUGUGUGUUCAUGUGUGUGUGUUGGCGUGUAUGUUCGCGUGUGUGAUAAUACAUAUCCAACCCAAUGAAAACCCCCUCGUUAAUGUUUUCUCGACACGCUCUGGAAGCGUGGCAUUCCAAGUGCAAGAGCUCGGAGGUAAAUAUGUAUAAUUGAUGAACAUUAAAUUAAGCGUGAUCUUUGUUGUUUUUCUUCGUUGUUGAAAAAAAAAAAUGUAUGUAUAUAGAAUUGUUAUUCUUGUGAAAAUCAGCAUAUGGUUCGGCUCCAAAUUAGAUCAAGGUCAUUCCUCCCAGCAGAUUUGGCGAUUUCUUGUUUUUAAAACAUAUCUAUUUAUUUAAUUAUGCAUUAUCAUUGGGUUGGUAAGAUUUUAUUUUAUUUCACCUUUAUUUAACCAGGUAAGCCAGUUGAGAACAAGUUCUCAUUUACAACUGUGACCUGGCCAAGAUAAAGCAAAGCAGUGCGAUUAAAAAUAACAACAACACAGAGUUACAUAUGGAAUAAAACAAAACAUAAAGUCAGUAACACAAUAGAAAAUCUAUAUACAGUGUGUGCAAAUGUAGUAAGUUAUGGAGGUAAGGCAAUAAAUACAGCACUACAAAUGGCCAUAGUGCAAAAUAAUUACAAUUUAGUAUUAACACUGGGGUGAUAGAUGUGCAGAAGAAGAUGUGCAAAUAGAGAUACUGGGGUGCAAAUGAGGAAAAUAAAUAACAAUAUGGGGAUGAGGUAGUUGGGUGGGCUAAUUACAGAUGGGCUGUGUACAUGUGCAGUGAUCGGUAAGCUGCUCUGACAACUGAUGCUUAAAGUUAGUGAGGGAGAUAAGUGUCUCCAGCUUCAGAGAUUUUUGCAGUUCGUUCCAGUCAUUAGCAGCAGAGAACUGGAAGGAAUGGCGGCCAAAGGACGUGUUGGCUUUGGGGAUGACCAGUGAGAUACAGUUUUACGAGGGCAUGUUUAGCAGCAUGAGUGAAGGAGGCUUUGUUGCGAAAUAGGAAGCCGAUUCUAGAUUUAACUUUGGAUUGGAGAUGCUUAAUGUGAGUCUGAAAGGAGAGUUUACGGUCUAACCAGACACCUAGGUAUUUGUAGUUGUCCACAUAUUCUAAGUCAGACCCGCCGAGAGUAGUGAUUCUAGUCGGGCAGGCGGGUGCAAGCAGCGUUCGAUUGAAGAGCAUGCAUUUAGUUUUACUAGCGUUUAAGAGCAGUUGGAGGCCACGGAAGGAGUGUUGUAUGGCAUUGAACCUCGUUUGGAAGUUUGUUAACACUGUGUCCAAUGAAGGGCCAGAUGUAUACAAAAUGGUGUCGUCUGCGUAGAGGUGGAUCUGAGAGUCACCAGCAGCAAGAGCGACAUCAUUGAUAUACACCGAGAAUAGAGUCGGCCCGAGAAUUGAACCCUGUGGCACCCCCAUAGAGACUGCCAGAGGUCCAGACAACAGGACCUCCGAUUUGACACAUUGAACUCUAUCUGAGAAGUAGUUGGUGAACCAGACGAGGCAGUCAUUUGAGAAACCAAAGCUAUUUAGUCUGCCAAUAAGAAUGCGGUGAUUGACAGAGUCGAAGAGAGCUGGCAGAGCUGGUGGCCGGGGUAGAGGUAGCCAGGUGGAAAGCAUGGCCAGCCGUAGCAAAAUGCUUAUUGAAAUUCUCGAUUAUCGUAGAUUUAUCGGUGGUGACAGUGUUUCCUAGCCUCAGUGCAGUGGGCAGCUGGGAGGAGGUGCUCUUAUUCUCCAUGGACUUUACAGUGUCCCAAAACUUUUUGGACUUAGUGCUACAGGAUGCAAAUUUCUGUUUGAAAAAGCUAGCCUUUGCUUUCCUAACUGAUUGUGUAUAUUGGUUCCUGACUUCCCUGAAAAGUUGCAUGUCGCGGGGGCUGUUCGAUGCUAAUGCAGUACGCCACAGGAUGUUUUUGUGCUGGUCAAGGGCAGUCAAGUCUGGGGUGAACCAGGGGCUAUAUCUGUUCUUAGUUCUGAAUUUUUUGAAUGGGGAGAGGAAAGCACUUUUAAAGAACAACUAGGCAUCCUCUACUGAUGGAAUGAGGUCAAUAUCCAUCCAGGAUACCUGUGCCAGGUCAAUUAGAAAGGCCUGCUCGCUGAAGUGUUUUAGGGAGCGUUUGACAGUGAUGAGGGGUGGUCGUUUGACCGCGGACCCAUUACGGACGCAGGCAAUGAGGCAGUGAUCGCUGAGAUCCUGGUUGAAGACAGCGGAGGUGUAUUUAGAGGGUAAAUUAGUCAGGAUGAUAUCUAUGAGGGUGCCCAUGUGUACAGAUUUAGGGUUGUACCUGGUAGGUUCGUUGAUAAUUUGUGUGAGAUUGUUGGCAUCUAGUUUAGAUUGUAGGACGGCCGGGGUGUUAAGCAUAUCCCAGUUUAGGUCACCAAGCAGUACGAACACUGAGGAUAGAUGGGGGGCAAUCAAUUCACAUAUGGUGUCCAGGGCACAGCUGGGGGCUGAGGGGGGUCUGUAGCAAGCGGCAACAGUGGUAUACUUAUUUCUGGAGAGGUGGAUUUUUAGAAGUAGAAGCUCAAACUGUUUGGGCACAGACCUGGAUAGUAUGAUAGAGCUCUGCAGGCUAUCUCUACAGUAGAUUGCAACUCCGCCCCCUUUGGCAGUUCUAUCUAGACGGAAAAUGUUGUAGUUGGGGAUGGACAUUUCAGAGUUUUUGGUGGUCUUCUUAAGCCAGGAUUCAGACACUGCUAGAACAUCAGGGUUGGCGGAGUGUGCUAACGCAGUGAGUAACUCAAACUUAGGGAGUAGGCUUCUGAUGUUAACAUGCAAAAAACCAAGGCUUUUACGGUUACAGAAGUCAACAAAUGAUAGCGCCUGGGGAGUAGGAGUGAUACUGGGGGCUACAGGGCCUGGAUUAACCUCUACAUCACCAGAGGAACAGAGGAGGAGUAGAAUAAGGAUACGGCUAAAGGCUUUAAGAACUGUUCUUCUAGUGCGUUGGAUACAGAGAAUAAAAGGAGCAGAUUUCCGGGCGUUGUAGAAUAGAUUCAGGGCAUUAUGUACAGACAAGGAUAUGGAAGGAUAUGAGUACAGUGGAGGUACACCAAAGCAUUGGGUAACGAUGAAAGAGAUAGCAUCACUGGAGGCACCAAUUGAGCCGGUCUCCGCGUGUAUGGGGGGUGGGACAAAGGAGCUCACUGAGGCUGGUUGAGCAGGACUGGGGGUUCUACAGUGAAAUUAUAUAAUAAGAACUAACAGGAACAGCAAUAGGCAAGGCAUAUUGACAUGGGGAGAGAGGCAUAAAGCAAUCACAGGUGUUAAUUCGAGAGAGCUAAGACAACAACUGGUAAUAGCACCAGCUCACAAGCUCUGUGUGUUUACUCAGAGUGUGUGUAGUGUAGCCUAGUGCGUGUGCGUGUGCGUGUGUUUGUGCAUGCGUGCCGCCUUAUGAGCCAUUCUGUGUAUACUAAAGGGCAGGUCAGGUUAGUGGGUUCCGUCUGUCCACCUGGCAUAAUUUGAAUUCCAGGUGUUAUUUUAAUUGAUUGGUUGUUUUAGAGCAGUUUGGUCUCUGUUGUGCAGGUUUACAGUAGGCCUAUGUAGUACUUAAAUUCUGUCUUAGAGAUCUGUGUGUGUCCAUGAGAAAGUGUAUUGCUGUGUGUGUGAGAGAGAAAGUGACUGAGGAAUAGUGUGUGUGUGUGUAGCAUGCUGUAGUGUGUGUGUGUGUGUGUAGCAUGCUGUAGUGUGUGUGUGUGUGUAGCAUGCUGUAGUGUGUGUGUGUGUGUAGCAUGCUGUAGUGUCUGUGCGUGUGUAGCAUGAUGUAGUGUCUGUGUAUGUGUCCAUGAGUGCUAUGAAUUUGCAGUGCUGUAUGUUUUCCCCUGGUUCAGGAUAGAGAGUCACAUGCUGAUGGCUACCAGACUCUGUGUUGAUUCUGCCAUUGACCCUGUCUGCCCUCUGGAAUCAGCAUGGACCAUUUAGUUUAUUGUGUGUGUGUGCCAAGCUGGACGCUCUGUUCCUACCAAGCCGUGUGUGUGUUUGUGUGAGAGUGUGCUUGUUGGUGUGUGUUCGCACUCACACGUGCAUGCGUGCCAAAUGAACCUAAAUGAGCGUUUUCUGUCUUUUCAGGUCCUAUUGAGUUUGAAGAAUGCAACACUGCCAUCGCCACUGAAGGUAAGUCACACACACAGACACACACACACACACACACACACGUGUGCUUGUGCCCUACUUUUCUAUAGUUUAUUCCCUCCUCAAAAAAAAAAAAAAAACAUAGUGUGAAAUUUCAUAAAAGUCAGACUUGAUCUUUUUCACGCCUAAAUGUGUGGGAACAUUUUAAGUCUAAAUGUUUUAAGUUAUCUGGCCACUUCUCCAAAAAAAUGUAUGAGUGUUUCACAAGGUUAUUGAUUUAUCCGAUUUUUCUUUUUGGUUUGGAGUUGUCAUAUUUGUCUGAUAAAAUAGAUUUCUUCAAUCAGACAUUUCUCACGCACUCCUUGGGUUUGUUACUAGGAGCCAAACCCAGAAAGAGGAAAACAUUUGCGAUCCCAGGCCGCCGGAAAGACAACAAGGACACAGACUCCACGUGUGUAGCUUCUACUUUUAAACUUGCUUUAUAAAGGGUUUAGAAGUAGUUUAUAAACUGUUAAUUUAAUUAUUUACUUUCCACUGCCUGGAACUAAUUUAUGAUGGCUUAGUGAACAGUCUCUAAAUUCUGUUUCAAAUUAUCCAAGAUUAGUAUAAAUCAUGUUUAGUUUUAUUAGGGUUGUCAUGAUGAUAAAUAUUCAUUCAGCUUCAUUGGACUGAAUUAUAAAAAACUAUUUUUUAACCAAGAAUAUUAAAUGAGUCUGAAAUGUAACGUUGUUUCUUUUGGCGGGUCUCAGGGAGUCGACAGAAGUUGAACCUGCUGUGAGUAUAUUUCCAGUUACAUACUCUCAAAUUGAAUUUAUUCAUUUAAUACUGUGAUGUGAAUCCCAAUUUUGUGAAUUAUAGUAUUUCAAUUACUAUUGUCAAGUAGAAGUUGUAAAAAUAAUUGAAUUAGUUGGACAGUUAUACAGUAGGAGAAUGUAAUAAUAGUAGUAACUGAAUUGUCUCAAUCACUUCAUUCUCUAAAGUAAAACAGUAUGGGAUCUAAACUGCCAUAUUUCCUUUCCUAUAUAUAACCAUAGUAGAGCUUGCUGCGCGCGAAGAGAGAGCAUAUAUAUAUAGAGAGAUAUAUAUAUCGAGAUAUGCGAGAGAUAGAGAUGAGCAGAGAGAGAUAGAGGAGGAGAUAGAGAGAGAAGAAGAGAGAGAGAAGAUAGAGAGAGAGAAGAGAGCGAUAGGAGAGAGAGCGCGAAUCGAGAGCUAGCUAGCUCUAUAUCGAGAGAUAGAAGAGCGAUAGAGAGAGAUGCAUGCUCUCUCUCUCUCUAGCUCUAUAUCUCUAGCGCUAUCUAUAUAGACUCGCUGAUCUCUCUUCCUCUCUCUCUCUCUCUCUCCUCUCUCUCUCUCUCCUCUCUCUGCUCUCUCGCUCUCUCGCUCUCUCGCUCUCUCGCUCUCUCGCUCUGUUCUGGGCUGUAGAACAAUGCCAAUGGAGCUCCUCCUGGAUACUAUGGCACCAUAGACUUCCAGAACGCUGUGAGACACACAUAAACACACACACAAACACACACAGCAGGAAUUGCUUAAGUGCAUUACUAAGUGGUGCAUUGCUGUUGUUGUGUGUGUUCUAGAAUGUCCCCACGGUUGAUGAAGAUGGCUUCUGUAUCAGACCGGAAGACCGCAACGAAAAUGAUAUCCUUCCUCAAUACUCACACUUUUACACUGUUAAAAACCUUCAACAUUCUUCUUAUCAUUCCUUAAUCUGCUAGGAUUUAUUCAAUUAUUUUUCUGUCAUUGUGACGUCCUCUGUUGGCCUUGUUACCAUAUUGCCAUACUGUAUAGCCACUAACCUGGCGUGGUGUUAUGAUCCGUUCCGCUUCCUUAACCCGUGUGUUCCACAUGCCAAAGAGAACUCAUUCUAUUCAUCGAGUGACUCGGAGGAUGAGGAUGAACCCAGGAAGUUCCGCGUGGAAAUCAAACCGGUGGCGCCCAACAACAGGACGCAACAAAGCCGAGCUACCAUCGACCAACUCAAGGCCUCCAUUGGAAACAUCAGCCUGUCACCACCAACCUCUGUACGUCAACUCAGUACAACAUUUGAUAGAAACCUGUUGCACAACAAUUCUGUCAGAGAUUGCCAGAGAUUCCACACACAUAUUGUAGAGUAGACAGGCACACAAACAUUCUAUUUAUUUAUCGAUCUUGUCUCAUCGCUGCAACUCCCCAAUGGGCUUGGGAGAGGCGAAGGUGGAGUCAUGCGUCCUCCGAAACAUAACCCGCCUAACCGCGCUCCUUAACACCCGCCAGCUUAACCCGGAAGCCAGCCGCACCAAUGUGUCGGAGGAAACACUGUUCAACAACACACAAACUUUCUGAUCAAUAUAUCAAUCAAUAAUUCCUCACCUCCCACCCUGUUGAAGGAGUCCUCAACACGUGUUUCUUGGAUACACAUUGGAUACUUGGAUACACACUUGGAUAAGGUUCAAAUCCUCUGUCCUACAACGUUAAGAUAGAAAGUUGCACAUACAGCACUACCGUUACCACUGAAAUAAUUCUCUAAGCAUGUAGAAAGAGAUUUUAACAUUCUGAUGUAUUCUGUCUCUAAAUCCCACCUAACUCCAUAAGAUGUUUCCUCUGUAAACAUCAGCUACACCCAUUCACUAACCUACUCUACUGUCUCUCUGUUUGCUGAGGGGCAUUUCCCCCUGUCUGUCUGUCUGUCUGUCCCAUCUCUCUAACACUAGAGGGCAACAGUACAUUGUAUUUCCCCUGUAAGAGCUGGGAAUGGGUACUUAGUCAUAAAGCCUUCUGCCAGAAACAUUAGACAGUAUCAUACAUAUUUGAAAUACUUUUUUGCUUUAUUCUGUUAUUUUGCCUGUUUGGACCAUUGUCUCAACUCUCUAAGAUGAGUCACUGUGGACAGUAGGAGUGAGUGAGCUCAUUCAAAAAGUCCAGUUGUGAGUUUUUCUUUAAAGAUUGAAAUCUCCAUGCAUGAGUCAUAAUCGCCUACUGUCUGGGCUCCCGAGUGGCGCAGCGGUCUAAGGCACUGCAUCUCAGUGCUUGAGGCGUCACUACAGACCCUGGUUCGAUUCCAGGCUGUAUCACAACCGGCCGUGAUUGGGAGUCCCAUAGGGCGGCGCACAAUUGGCCCAGCGUCGUCCGGGUUUGGCCGGUGUAGGCCGUCAUUGUAAAUAAGAAUUUGUUCUUAACUGACUUGCCUAGUUAAAUAAAGGUAAAAUGAAUAAUAAUAAUUUAAUCAUUUUAGUUUUUCCUGUGUUUGACCGGUAGGGUAAGAAAGUAUCACAAAUUGUUUUCACUUUUGAUCACUUGUUUUCUCUCUUGCUUUACUUUAACACCACUGUUGGGACAGGUGGAAUGGCCUUGUCUCUGGAACAGUCUUUUUAAAAGCUGUGGUACCACUGCUUUACAGUUAGUUGCAUGGCGUUGCAGUAGAAUCUGUAGUCACACACCACUUCUCCCUGCCGUCACGUAAUGGGAUGGGAUGGCAUGCACAGACUGUCAGAGCUUCCCGCAGGCAGGGCCUGACCUUUAUGCCUGGAGUUGACCUCUCAUUCAACUUUGACUGACUGACUGACUGGCCAUAUCAUCUCUAAAUCUCUGAGCCGCUCUCUCUGUCUGCCUGCUCAGGGUGGAAAUAGCGACUGCCAUUAAACUUUAAAACACUAGUGUGUGUGUGAACAGUCAGUGUGCUGAUUCGGAAGGAGGUCGUGUGAGCUCCCCCAUUUCUGCUAGAGGAGUCCUACCGCUCUCUAAACGACCCUUGGGAGAGAGGGUGAGAGAGGGUGAAUGAGAAAAUGAUAAAGAAAGAGAUUCCGUGACAGUCGUUUAGAGAGCGGUAGGACUCCUCUAGCAGAAAUGGGGGAGCUCACACGACCUCCUUCCGAAUCAGCACGCUGAGUGUUCACACACACACACACACUUUAUAUCUCUCUCUAUUGGUAUUUUGCUCUCUCUUGUUUUAUUAGGGUCAUUUUGUUGCUUGAUUUGGACAUUACUUGUAUGUGAUUCUUUAUGGGGGUUAGUCUCCCAUUCAUUUGACAAAGUGUGUAGAAAUGUUUUUCCAGAUAUGUUUUAAAUGAGCAUGAUUCAGCUAACUGUUUGUUUUAAACGGAAUGAAUCAACUUUGACGAGAAUUCCUACGUUUAUGGAGAAUUUCUUUGUUAUUUUUGAAGCAUUAAGAAGGUUCUUGAGGAAAAACAUUCUCUGGCUUUUUUAAGGCCUGAAGAUUGGACUUGGUUCAUUACAAAUGAGUUUUUGCUCGACAGCAGGACUUAACAUUUCAAGUAUUUUCUCAGUCCAACGACAAACAACAGCAACCUACUGUUUGUCUUUUUUUCUAUUUUGACUUUUACCUAAAUACUGGAAUAUUCCCUCCAUGUUUUCUUUUAUUGCUCCCACUUUCAAAUCUGAAGUAUAUUUUUUUCCCCCCACCUUAAUGUUGACAGAAAUGUUCUGUGCUGAAUGUUCUCGAGUUAAAAGAUCUAGGCGAUGAUGAACGUUGCAUCAAUUUCUUGCUAUUUGUCUUUCUCCUUCUCAGUUCCCUUCUGUGCUGUCUGCUGUUUGUUCCUUUAUUGAAACAGCAGUGGAAGCCGGAAUGGUUUAUGUGUGACUGUGUGUGUGUGGAGAUCUGUAGUGUGUGUGUGGCGGGCUACAGCCGUAAUUGAACCCAUUUGCUGCUCAGUGCCUGUGGGACUAAACCCUGGCUUCACAGGGCCACGGCACUUUGACGCUUUGGAUGCCUCCCUCUAAACCCCUUCUGUUCCUCUUCUCCUUCUUUUCCCCUGUCCUUGUCUUUUUCAGUGUGUGAAUAAAGGCUUUAUUGGAAUUGAUGGUCUUAGUUUCCAUUGGGUCACACAGAAGUACAUCAGGUUUUCUGUUGGUCGCCUUGAAGAAACUGAUAUGUCUCUCUGUUAGUGAAUAUCUCUCUCGCUCUCUCUCUCUUUCUCGUACCUGAUUGAUGGUAGUGCGGGGUUAGAUACUGUGUCCUGUCUGUACUGUGCAGCUGCAUUUUUCACCCUAGGUUUAAUGUCUGGUAUGUGUCUGAGAAGCUUAAUCCUGUGAUUUACUGUCUCUUUAAAACUGAUGUGGAAAAAGCCUCCCCUCCACAGGGAAUAGUUAAUAAUACGCUUUUCAACUUUUCCAUGUAUCAAUUAUAUUUUAAAUGUUCGGGACAGUUUUUUGGUAUUGUGAGUACCGUACCGCCACCUGAUAAAUAUAGCCUGUAUUGUGCAUAUCUCUGUUUUUAUUGUGUUAUUCAGAAAGUAAGUUAUUACGCAAGUGUUGAUUCUUAAAGAGUAACACAUUGAGGAACUUUGAGCUGUCAUCUUAAGUAGGUGUAGUUUGAGAUACUGUGUACAGGCAGAAGUUAAUUGACCCUGCACUACUGAAGAUAAGUCCUAGAUAAAACCUACGGCAUGUCUGAAAAUCACCUACUGUCUGUUAUAAUAAGACAUCUAAUUACUGACAAGCACAUUCCAGAUACAACCAUGUUUUAUAUACAUACUGUAUUUACUUUUUUCUGAUGUUCAGUUUGUCUUUGUACAGUAAAAAGUAUGUUCUGGGAUUGCUAGGGAGUCUUUUUGUGGAGGAUGAGGGCUGAAGUUCAGUGUGUGUGUGUGUGUCUUAUCCUAGCUGUAGUUAAUGAAUGUGUGUUUCUAUUCUCAGGGUCAGAUGCGAAGGAACCAAUCCAGUGAGUAUUUUAUUUGACCUUCUCUUCUCCUCUGUGUGAUGUUUGAUGGCUGCAACCAUUUUUGACUUUUCACCUUCAUUUUUCUUGCCUCGGGUCGUUCUUAAAAACAAAUCCUAGCAACCUUGCCAAAACCAACAUAUCCCCAGCUAAAGUAAAUGUAGUUUGUUUUUUAUAUGUGUGUAUCUAAGCUCUGAGGAAGAUGAAUUGCUUAAUUGCUUGUUUUUAUUUUGCGUGUCAGAAAUGAUAUUUGACCUCCUGCGUUUUGACUACAAUUUGUAUAUUUUGCUAUGUUUGAUUUUCUGCUUGGACAAAUUAAUUAAUUAUCUAUAAAGGAAUGCAACAACUCACAUAACUGUCUCAAACUGUGAACUAUUAGUGGGGGUUGGCAAGUAAACCAUGAAGAAAUAAAUAUAUAAAAAAUAUAUUAAGUAGUAUUAUACACAGUUUAAAUAACAUCACUUUAUUAUCCUUUGAUAUUCAUAUUUCCAUCAUAUCAAGUUAUAGUUUAAAAGUAUUUCAUCCAUUUGAUAGAGUUAAGUCUGAUAAUGCAACUUUUUGAUAGAGUUUAAGGCUGACGCUAUGUAUAUUUGGUAGAGUUAAGUGAUUCAUAGCCAUGUAUUCAACACAUGCUCAGGGUUGUCAGGAAUGCAUUCCCACUCAGCGAUAGGCUCUCAGGUGCUAGGUGAGUACUAUAAGUACCUCUAGUCAGUCUGACCCCCCCCCCCCCCCCCCCCCCCCCCACCACCACCACCACACCCCAUAAACAUGCCAUGCCAAGUAGUCCUCCAUACCCCCACCUCAGUUCCCCCCACCCCGUGGCUAAUACUGUGCUCUACAGCUAAAGCUAACACAAACUAACAUGACUAGCUAAUAAAGCAAAGCUUCAAAACUAUCAUCUUCAACAUUUAACAAAGCUUUGCUAACAUUAUGUGUUUGCCACAGUCGCAGAGCAAUCAAAGGAGCUAAGUAGUUUGAUAGAAAAUAUGUUCUAUCUGUGACCAAUAGAGGAAUGUCUUGCUGGUGGGGAACCUUUGCUACUGUACACAUAACACCUAAACACACUAGUGUGAGCCACACACAGAGAGCACUGCAGCCCUAUCCUUUAACAUGGCCUCUCUUGCUCCCUGCAGUGUGUUUAAGUGCCUGUCUGGGUGGGGGUGUAUGGGACAGGGUUUUCCCUGCACCUAUGUAACCUUGUGUGUGCUGAGGUUAAGGUUGUUAUUUGUAUGUUAUAUUGUCAACCAGGUGAUGAGUUGGGAAAGGCCAGGAUGCCAAAAUCUUUCAAUGAGUAAGUACAGGAUAAAAACUAUCCUAACUUUUACAGAUAAAAAUUGCCUCAGAAACACUAGAUACCCUUGAUUGCCCUACUCUCACUGUUUAGUAAUUGCUCUCAUUUUCACAUCUCUUUCUCUCCCUCCCCCCCACCUUUCUCUAUCCAUCCCUCUUCUGUCUCUCAGCAGUAGACCUGCUCUCAAUAAUGACCUUCUCUCACUGGAUCCGUUCGGCCCUGCCCACACCCUGGGAGGCUCCUCCUCCUCAGUGUCUUCAUCAACAGGUAAGCCCUGCUCACCAAGCUUAACAGAGUGUUUCAAUGUAUUCCUAUGGGUGGCUAGGCGAGUUCGGUGGCAACCAUGAUGGGGUUCUGUCUGGAUGAUUUGAACUCUAUAUAAACGGCUUUGGUUUUUACUAUUACCUCAAACUACUACUGAUACAGACAUGACCUCACAUAGCUCCACAGGCAGGCCAGGUAGUCCCCUGCACAGCUCAACAACAGUAGUAAGCUCCUACUGUAUUCACAGUACACAUUGACACCAAAGGAGAUUGUAUUUGAUUACAUUGAGACACUAUCACGUAUGUCUGUUUUUAAUUUGUGGGACUGUUUAGGAACAGAUUUCCUAACUCCAACCCAUUUUUCGCUGAAUUCCUGGUGAUUUUAAUCGUAUUCUUUUUUUUUUACCUCCAAUUCUUUUUUUUUUUUACUGAGCUUUGGGGGGUCAAAGAAAUGACUUGCGGCCUGGUUUUGGGUCCUCACUCACAACCUAAACUGAACUUGUGUGUCUGUGUCACUGCCUGGGUGGAAGAGAAAAUGUUUUGUUUAUGUAUUGUUGUUUAUUGUUUAUAUGACUUUCCAAUAGGUCAUGUCACCUUGGUUUUGCUUCUUAAAAAAAAAAAACAGUUUGACUUAAAUUGUCAUAUGGGGAGGUUUUGCCCAUUUAUUUUAUUUACAGUUUAUUUCAUUUUACAGUUUUGUUGUUCAAUUAACUGUCUAUUUCAAGCUUUGUUUGUUUGUUUUAUUUGAUGAGAAAUUAUUGUUACAGUUUUGAUUAGCAUGCAUUUGGCUGUCUUCAAAUGUAAGUGCAGCCCCACACCCCCCUCCCCCCACCACACGUGUGUUUACUUUAUUUUUCAUUUCCUUUACGUCCCUCUUUUUCUCUUUCACACUGUCCUGCCUCUCACUCCAGUACAGAUAUGUGAGAAGCUGGUUUUAGUGGCAAGGUUUAUGUAGUGUGGAGUCUCAAAGCUGUGCGUGUCUGUGUGACUGACUGUGUGUGUGUGUGUUGAAAUAGUGACGUUAGCGCUGACCCAUUGCAUGGGCUAAUUGUAAUCCACAGGUAAUUGGUACCAAGUUUGGGUCACAGGGUUGGCGAUAAGGCCCACUGGCACGUAUGUUGUCAAUCACUAUCUCGUUAUUGUCAAAAGUUCAGUCUUAAAAGCCAAAAGAGCAGCGUAAAGUGCCCAGGUUAGGAUACUGGGAUGACUCUUAAGUCCUUUAAAGACCUGUUUUAAACUCUCUGUGUACAAUAGAGGCAUUACCAGGCCUUAAUAUACACGCACAACACAUUCAUCUAGCCCUGACUGAACUGCAAAUUUUUUUUGCUUUGGAGUCAGUCAUUUGGCAAGCCUGAAAGAGAUGAUUAGGCUAUAGUUUUUUUAUUUGAUUAUGUAGGGCUUUCUUACUUUUGACUUUGUUUUUUUGCAUUUAGUUAUUUUUGCCGCAUCUUUGUGGUCUGAGUUUGGUUUAGAUGCUUUGUUGUUUUUCUAUCUCUGUGUGUUAACCCGCCUCCUUCUCCUCCAGACAUCGACUCUCUUUUCCUCUCCAUUCCUCUAUCUCCUCUACACAUUAACGAGUCCCCUGUCUUUCUGCCAGGGGAGGCAGGUAAAAUGUGUUUGUCCUAGCUGCACCUAUUUAGGCCAGUGUUUUCUGUGCGGUUGCGCUGUACUGAAUCGGUUUCCAACUAUCUAACCUCACUUACAAAAAGCCUUGACAUUGCAUCCAACGUUUGAUUCAGUUGCUUGUUGUUGUUGUUGUUGUUGUUUGUGGUGUUUGCUUAUUUUUCUCCAAUGUUUGUUUGCUCCAAUUUUCUCCAAUCCACUGUUUUAUUGUAGGAUUUCAGAGGGGCUGUUAGUUGUAGUUGUGUAUACUUUGUUCAACCAAUCCAAUGAGGAAGAUGGAUAACUGAAUUAGUGUUGGAUUGAGAGCCCUGCUAAGCUUUGAUAAGCUGAGAGCGCUGUGUGGCUCUGCGUGUCUGCAUGGUGUGAGGACCUAACACUCCAUGUCGGAGUAGCUGAUAUCCUCUCAACCAGCUGUAAUCCUCUAACACUAUUUAUUACCAGUUAAGACUGAAACAUGCCAGGUAUUCAUUCCUCCUCACAUUGCCUAAUGUUGCACAGAGAUUGCAUAUGAUUGCAGUUCACAGUUCACUAGAACUAAACCUGCCUGUCCCAUAGAUGGAAACUAUUUUAAUUAUAGUAAUCUCUAGAUGGGAAUCCCCAAGCCUUCUGAGUGAAAGUACCACUUGAUUGUGACUACAGUAUUAGUUUGUUCAGUAUAAUGCAGAAUAAACAGAAUAACUGAUCAAUUCAUAUAUAAAUUCAUAUAAUGUUUUACUUGUUCUGUGGCAUUCCAAAUAUGUAAAGAUGUUUGCAUGAGUAUCUUUGUAAACGUUAGCUGGUAUGGUUCCUCCUCCUUACUCUGUGGUAUAGGUUUAUCACUCUGCCCUGCCCUGGACUAUCUGGCGCCCUCUACAGCUGAGGUGGUGUUACAGCGGGAGCUCUCUUCUCCCCCACUGGCAGACAGCCUGCAGCAGGCCAAAGGAGAGGUCACCCCUCUACCUUCCUCCACCACCACUACCACCACCACCUUCUCUCCAUGGAACUCACCAGCCGACCCCUUUCUGGCCCUAAAGCCCAUCCCAGCACGGGCCCAGAGCGCCCCCAUCACCCGGCAGGAAGAGCCCAUAGACGCCCAGGAUCCAACCCCAGUCCCCACAGGCCCAGACCCAACAAGUGUGCCUCAGGGAAAGGACCAGUCUGCCUUCUCCUGGUCCCAGAGCCAGUGGAUCGCCUUCAACGACGACUUUGUGCCAGUCAGACGCCAGCAGAGCUGCGGUCCGGGUACAGGUCUGGUCAACCGCGACCGGACCCAGUCUAACCCUCCUAUCGGCAGGCCUCAGUCUUGCCGGUCCAUCUGUUUCUUCUCUGAUGACCCCGCUGACCCCUAUAAUAAGAUGGCGCUGAGCAGUGGGGUUGGGGAGGACAGCGCCUCCUCUGUCUCUGAGGUCUUUUCAGCACUGACAGAGGGGAUGGUGGCAGCUAGCCAAAUACACAACGGUAACCUCUAGCAUGGCAUAAACUGAGAUCUUUUUUUUUUGACUGAGUGAAGUGUGAAGUUUUGCCUUUGCCAUUUUUCUCUUUUGUUCUACUUUUUAAAACCGUUUUUUCAGUUUCCACCUUUUAUAAAUAUUAUUUUAUUUCGACCUUAUUUACAAUAUGUUGUGUUGAUUCAUGUAUUUUUUAUUUAAUGUGUGUUUUGUUUUUGUUUUGAGGGGCAUAUGCUUGUUUGCCUUAGAGAAUUGUUAACACAAAGUUUUGUGAGUGAUCUGAGUUUUGUUCUGUAUGCAUUUUAUGCUUUGGAAUUUGUGCAUGUCGUGACUUCUGUGUUGGUGCAUGGUUUUGCAUUACUUUGAGUUACUCAGUGAUGUCUAAAAAGUUUAAAGUGUAUUACAUAGUGCAGCAUGGUGUUACCUCAUCAUACCCUGGAUUCUUACUGUAAGUCCUUUCAUUUUUGUCUGAUUGACCCCCCCCCUUCCCUGCAGUGCCUGCCCUGGCCAGACCCACUACCCCUCAAACUGGUGCCAUGGUGCCUCCUCCACGACCCUCUUCCCGACCCAAACUACCCACAGGAAAACUCACAGGAAUCAAUGAAAUUGUGAGUACCUGCCCAGUAUCAAUCUCCACCAGAGCAUCUGCUGACUAUCUGAUAGAGAAUCUCCAGUAUCAUCACUAGACUUAAGAUAACCUAGGAAUCAGAGUAUUAAUUGGUGGAACCAUUCUCUAUUGAUUAAUGAUAAUGGACGACAUUUAUUUGGCGUUUUUGUUUACUCUUGCUUUGUACCCUGUAUGGGGUUAAUUUGUGGGAUCCAUUACCAUUGGUUGAUUUCUGGGUUUGUGCUGUCUAACCCACCAGGUGCGGCCGUUCAGCCCGCCCAAGACGUUGUCCAACGCCAGUCCUCCUCCGGCUGCUCCCCUGGCCCGGGCAGAGAGCUCCUCCUCCCUGUCCUCCACCGCCUCCCUCAGUGCCUCCAACACACCCACCGUGGGUAAGGAAUAAGGAUAUGACCAAGCUCCAUCACCUCGUCUCUCUACAGUCUACUCCUCUCUACUUCUCCUGUCAUCUCCUCUUUACAGUCUACUCCUCUCCAUCCCCCUCUUCUCCUUUCACCUCCUCCCCUCUCCCUCAAUUCACAUUUCUUUACUGCUUCCUCUCCUCCCUCCCGUCUCCCUUAUAUAUUCUCUUUCCUUUUCUCCCCAUAUUCUCUGCUUGUUUCUUCUCCUCUCCUCCUCUUUUAUAUAUUCCAUUUCCUCCCUCUUAUAUUUCCUCUCCUCCUUCCUCUUAAAUUUCCUUUCCUCUCCUCCUCUCUCGUAUUCCCUUUCCUCUCCUCCUCUCUCGUAUUCCCUUUCCUCUCCUCCUCUCUCGUAUUCCCUUGCCUGCUCUCUCGUAUUCCCUUGCCUCCUCUCUCGUAUUUCCUUUCCUCCUCUCUCGUAUUUCCUUUCCUCUCCUCCUCUCGUAUUCGCUUUCCUCUCCUCCUCUCUCGUAUUUCCUUUCCUCUCCUCCUCUCUCGUAUUCCCUUGCCUCUCCUCCUCUCUCGUAUUUCCUUUCCUCUCCUCAUUAUUCUUCCUUUCCUCUCCUCUCUCGUAUUCACUUUCCUCUCCUCCUCUCUCGUAUUUAUUUUCCUCUCCUCCUCUCUCGUAUUUCCUUUCCUCUCCUCCUUAUUCUUUCCCUUACAUGUUUUACAUUUUAGUCAUUUAGCAGACGCUCUUAUCCAGAGCGACUUACAGGAGCAAUUAGGGUUAAGUGCCUUGCUCAAGGGCACAUCGACAGAUUUUUCACCUAGUCUGCUCAGGGAUUAGAACCAGCGACCUUUCGGUUACUGGCCCAACGCUCUUAACCACUAAGCUACCUGCCGCCCCUUCCUCUCCUCCUCUCUCGUAUACCCUUUCCUCUCCUCCUCUCUCGUAUUCCCUUUCGUAUUCGCUUUCCUCUCCUCCUCUCUCGUAUUCCCUUCCCUCUCCUCUCUCGUAUUCGCUUUCCUCUCCUCCUCUCUCGUAUUCCCUUUCCUCUCCUCCUCUCUCGUAUUCCCUUUCCUCUCCUCCUCUCUCGUAUUUCCUUUCCUCUCCUCCUCUCUCGUAUUUCCUUUCCUCUCCUCGUAUUUCCUUCCUUCUCCUCCUCUCUCGUAUUCCCUUUCCUCUCCUCUCUCGUAUUCGCUUUCCUCUCCCCCUCUCUCGUAUUUCCUUUCCUCUCCUCCUCUCUCGUAUUUCCUUUCCUCUCCUCCACUCUCGUAUUUCCUUUCCUCUCCUCCUCUCUCGUAUUUCCUUUCCUUUCCUCCUUAUUCUUUCCUUUCCUCCCCAUAUUUUCUUCUUGUUUCUUCUCCUCCACUCUCACCUAAACCCACUUCUUGUCUUUAAACCUUAUUGGGCUUCUCUCCUUCCCUCACUCCUCUCCUCCUCACAGGGCCUGAGCGUAUCUUUCGUCCCUCCCUCUCCUCUCCGGAACCAGAGUUCCUCCUUUCUCCCUGUCCUCUGUUUCUCCUCAGCCAAAGUGAGUCUCCUCUCUUCCUCCUCCUCCCUCUACUGUAGUGUUUUCCAACUAGGGGUACUAGAACCCCUGGGGGUACUGGGCCUAUCCACAGGGGGUACUUGAGAAGACUAAUUAGACCAUAGGCCUACUGGUAAAAUGCACAUGAUGGGGUACUUCAGGGGUACUCCGGGCAGAGCAAAAUUCAGUUAGUGGUACAGUAACCGAAAAAGGUUUUAUUGUCACAUACACUGGAUAGGUGUAGUGAAUGGUGUUGUUUUACAGGGUUAAGUGCCUUGCUCAAUGGCACAUCAACAGAUUUUUUACCUUGACGGCUCGGGUAUUUGAACCAGCAACCUUUCGGUUACUGGCCCAACGCUCUAACCGCUAGGUUACCUGCCGCCCAGUGGGAACCACUGCUCUACUGUUCUGUCACUUUCACUCUGUGAAGCCUACUACACAGUGUUUCUUUAGGGUUUCUCACCAUUCUAAUCUCACACAAAUGCUCACAUUCACACCCAGGUGUUUUAGUUGAGAGCCCAUUGCCUUGUACCAUCUCACCUGCCAGUACCAUGAACCUCACCUCACUGCUUUCUGUGGCUUUUUGGUUUCUUUCCUAUUUUUUUUUUCUUUUGUUGGGCCCUUAAAGAGGAUGAUGGUUUCAUCGGGAAGCUGCCCACCUUUGAGAAGCGCUGUGAAACGCCUGCAGGUAGGGUGUGUGGUAAACCAGCCCGGACAAGCCUCUAUUUGUGACAUACUAACUACGGCCACUCGGAUUGGCUGACUGCUCGCCAAUGUCUGCCUGCUCAUGAAAAAUGUCUCUCUUCUUAACGUGUCUGUCUGUCAGCGUGAUCAACAUAAUAAAGAGUUCAGCAUAGUCGUGUUCUGUUUAAAAACAAAUAACAAGUUUGAAGGUAGGAAGUUCAUUACAGUAUUAUAACGUUCUUACUCAAAGAAUCCCAAAGAGUAAUUCAUUAAAAUGAUGAAUAGUAACCUGACUCAAUAAUACCUCGUCUUUUAUUCAAACAAAAUGUAAUUCCUAGAGAGGUAUGAUUAUUUUGGCAUGUAAUGCCUUGGAUAUUUUGAAAUGUAAUUGUUCCUCUUUUCCUCCAUAAUGACUGACCUUAUUUGGUAAAUGAACUAUGUUCUUCAGGUGUUGUUUUUUGCAUGAAUAAGUAUGAUGCUUUUGAUGUCAAAGUUGAAUUGAAUUGUACACUUCAGUAAUAAUAACAGUACACUCAUUCGAUCACGCUUUGUCUUUCUCUCUCUUCCUCUCUACCUGUCCCUCUUUACCUCCCUCUCUCUCUACCUCACACCAUUUCUCCACCCCCCUCUUCAUUCCCUCCCUCCCUCUAUCAGGGACAUCUCGCGGUCCCAGCCCAGUGACCCUGGCGUCCCAGGAUGCCUUGCCCAUCGCUGUGGCCUUCACAGAGUCUGUUAAUGCCUACUUCAAAGGAGCUGAUCCCACUAAGUGAGUCUCACAUGACCUCCUACAGCUCAGAGAGCUGGCCCCAGCCUGGGUCUAACACACACAGCACGCAAGCCAACAUACGCACUCACACUGCAUGCACGCAGACACACACACACACACACACACACACACACACACACACAUAUACCACUACACAGACACACACACCAUGAUCAGCCAUUGGGGCAUACACUGAGUGUAUAAAACAUUAGGAACACCUUCCUAAUAUUGAGUUGCACCCCUUUUGCCCUCAGAACAGCCUCAAUUUGUCGGGGCAUGGACUCUACACCUGUCAAGUGUUUCCAAAGUGAUGCUGGCCCAUGUUGACUCCAAUGCUUCCCACAGUUGUGUCAAGUUGGCUGGAUGUCCUUUGGGUGGUGGACCAUUCUUGAUACAAAUGGGAAACUGUUGAGCGUGAAAAACCCAGCAGUGUUACAUUUCUUGACACACUCAAACUGGUGCGCCUGGCACCUACUACCAUACCCCGUUCAAAGGCACUUAAAUAUUUUGUCUUUCCCAUUCAUCCUCUGAAUGGCACACAUACACAAUCCAUGUCUCAAUUGUUUCAAGGCUUAAAAAUCCACUGAUUUGAAGUGGAUUUAACAAGUUACAUUAAUAAGGCAUCAUAGCUUUCACCUGGAUUUACCUGGUCAGUCUAUGAUAUGGAAAGAGCCAUUCUUAAUGUUUUGUACACUCCGUGUAUACUGCUGCAUACUGCUAUUCAACUCGUCCAUACACAUAAUAUGCAUUUUAAUUUACCGGACAUUUAAGAAAUGUACCGAAUCCAUGUGCAUUGGGUGAGUAACCUGAUUAGCACGUCCAGCCACAGUGCUCAGAAUGACAGAAAUCACAUUUAGUUUAUGGUAAUUCAUCUUAACAGAACAUGCAACUCAAGGAUGCAACGGCGUGCGUCCUGCUUAUCAAUUUCCAAAGUGCAAUUUGAAGAUGUUAGAAGAACUGUCCACAUUUACUUUUCUUCAGCCAACAAGAUGAGUAACGAACAGCAAAAUCACUAGCCUAUGUACUUAUUCUAUUGGUCAGCUUGUCAUUCUGUGCGAGAAAGAAAGAAAUAGCCUAUUCCAAACAGACUCUGGGACAGUUGUGGGACGAUAGAUCCCAAAUUCAUACAACUAGUAGGCCAAGGCAACAUCCAAAAAUCUUUAGAGGCUACGCGCGAAUGUUCGUUCCAUAUUGCAAUUCGCGGGAAAAUACAUUGUCAAAAGUACACCGCACAUGUGAGAAGGAUAUGAAAAUAUCCGUGAGAAAUGUAGAAAGAGUGGGAGAUCUAAAGAUGCAACAACUAGCAUGGGUUACAAAUAUGGCUAGGAUUGUGCUUUUGGCUACUGGCAAAUUAAAUACAUUUGAUUUGAAAACCAAUAGAACAUGAGAGAUAGGCUACUUGUUUCAAUGGCGUGUGAAAGUCUUUAUAAAAUAAUUUGGUUGGAUUUUGGCUAGGCUACUUUGAAGCAAGGUAAGAAAUGCCACAUAAUAUGUAGAAAACAUUCAGGUUUCAAACAAUUAAGAAUAUGUUUUCAAAAUGCAUUCUGUCUCCAGCUCAUUGCAAAGUGGUGUGUGGUGUGCUGAAGCCUGCCUAGUUGCCUAUGCACUUGAAUGGGAAGCACACUUCAAUUACCAGAAAUAAAAAUAGUCACUAUUUGUAAUCGCGGCCAUUGUUUUUAACACGUGAUUGCAUUUAGUAUUGUUGCACAGUGAUUGGGCUUAUAAAAGCACGUUUCACUCCAGCUGCAACUGACAGCUGUUUGAUGAGCUGUAGCAGCAGUUCUCGUGCUACAUCAACUGGUAUUUCAAUCAAUGAAUAGGCUGAAUUUUUAUUUCCUCUCCUGGACAAUCGUCCGGCACCAAUUUUUUAGCUUUUUUUGCCAAAAGCCAGCUAUUAGCGUCUAACGGAAACCCUGGUGUGUGCGCGCGUGUUUUUGGCCGCGUGUGUGCGCGUGUCUGCUUGUGUGGAAUGUUUUAGAUUUUGGUAGGCCGACACCAUUCUUUCAGAGUGGAUAACCCACACGGGGCAGAUUAUAGUCUGGGGCAGAGAAAACAUACACCCUUUUAUUGGUUAACUGCUGUUAAAUUGCUGCUGUGCAAAAGGUUUAUUUUGGCAGGGAUUAGCGAAUGGAACAUUUCAUAAGCAUUGCAGCGGACACACAGGGCAGGGUUAAGGCUUGCACAUGGACCACACUGCAGCAGACUGGGAAGGGGUUAGACUAGUGGGCCUUGUUUAGAUUUGGACUGAGGUAGCCUUGGACUGGGUCUAAUUUAGACUUGGGGCUCUAUUCAAUAGAUAGAAAUGUAAAGGUAAUUUCUGAUUGAGUCGAUAUGGAUUUAAUAGAGCUCUUGGACUGAGUUGAACUGGGUCUAAUUUAGAUUUGGACUGAGUUGUAUUCGGAUUUAGACCAGUGGAUUAACUAAAACUGAGACUGUGUGAACUGCUUCAGACUAGAACUCCAUUAAACAGGUACUGUGGUAGACUGGACUAGUGGACAGAGGCUUAACCCUUUGUCUGCUGCUGUGCCCCUCAGCUGCAUAGUGAAUAGCACAGGUUUAACCCUUAAUGUGCUGUCUCUCCUUUUACUCUAGGUGCAUAGUGAAGAUCACAGGUGACAUGACCCUGUCCUUCCCCAUGGGUAUCACCAAGGUGUUCACCAGUAACCCCUCCCCUGCCGUGCUCACCUUCAAACUGAAGAACACCUCCAAGCUGGAACAGAUCCUCCCCAACCAGACACUACUGUUCAGGUGAGUGGAGAAAUUCAAAUGUUCAGAUAAUGUUUUAUUCACAGUUGAAUGGUUAAACAUUCAGACAACGUUUGAAUUAACCUGAUGGAUGUGUAGUUACCAUACAGGUGUGUAGGACCACAGAGAAACAUUUAGCUAAUGAUUAGUACUUAUUCUAUAUCAGUAAAGACCACAUUCCAAUACAACGGUGUGUGUGUAAAGAACCAAAGGAAGUCUGUAACACUGUUUGAACACCAAACUGGAGCAUGUCAGUCUAUCAGGGAGCCAGCCAGUAGAGAGAGGGGUGUUGAGGGGAUGAGGGGGGCAGGGCGGGGGAUGAGGGGAUAUUGGGUGGGGGGGGUGGGGUGAUGAGGGGAAAUUGUGUGUGGAGUGUGUCGUUGAGGGGAAAUUGGAUUUCAUCAGUCAUAAAGCUAUCAUUAUCCUGACAGGGAACUAUUUUCCACCAUUCCUCCUCAGACAUCAGUUUCUUAACAUGCCAUGUCUAGAAGAGUGUCGCAUCAACUUUCAACAAGAUAUCACCUCAUUCCACACACACUAUCACCUCUCAGUUAAAGCUUCUUGUUGUGUUUUCUCCGGCAUAGCCACCAUGUAUCUAGCCAUAUCCAACUUAUUUAGCAGUGAAUCGUCAGUGUUAAAGUUUGAGACCGCCACCUGAGUUACAGAGUCUCUUUGAAGAUUCCUUUCUUCCCCAAAAGGAGAAGUAUUUUCUACCCUCUCUUUUCUUUCUCUCCUUCUCACUCUGCUUUCUCUGGGUAACCCUGAGACCACAUAGCUGGUCUAAUUGAAUCAAAUGGAAUUCAUGAUUUAAUAGCUGGGAGGCAAUAAAAGGGUCAUUCUUUCCGAGCUAUUGGAGCUCUGCACACACACACACAGAGCCACCGAGUAGAGCAAUGAAUAAUUGAGUUAUCGUUUUCCGUGUGUGUGUGUGUGUGUGAUCCAGUGAUUCCUCGCAAAGUGAUGCAAAUACCAAGGACUUUUGGUUCAACAUGCAAGCUCUCACAUCCUACCUCAGGAAAGCCUCAGAGCAGAACCCUGCUGCGUCCUACUACAACGUUGACAUCCUCAAAUACCAGGUUGGUCCCAGACUAAACUAAAUACUCUUUAGUAAACUGUAUACUCCUAUACUAUACUGUGACGAGGUGUGAAAGAAGGAGUCAGGCACAGGAGGUAAAAUACCGAAGUCCAGAGUUUAAACCGUUUGCAUAAAUCAAACGCCCCAAGCGUCAAACGAAACUGUACAAGGGAAAACAUCCACCUUGGCAAUAACACAGUGAAAUGUAGCUCAACCGAGCUACACGCUCUCACAACAAAACAAUCACUCACAAAGACAACGGGAACAGAGGGAACACUUAUACACAUAGUAAUUAGGGGAAUGAGCACCAGGUGUGUGUGAUUGACAAGACAUGACAAGUGGAGUGAUGAGAAUGAGAAUGGGAUCGGCAGUAGCUAGUACUCCGGUGACGAGGAACGCCAAAGCCUGCCCGAACCAGGAGGGGGGGCAGCCUCGGUGGAAGUCGUGACAUAUACACUCACUCUUGUAGUAAUAAUGCAAAAGUCCAGAAGUAAAAUGUGUUUGACUCCAAAUAUAACACGUUUAUUACCAUCACUUUUGUGUUUGUAAAUGUAUUUAUUUCACACAUUGUGAAGGUAUUAAUUGUUUUUUGUAUCAUAUCUUAUUUUCAAUCAUAUGAUCUUUGCCCUUUACCCUCUGACCUCAUGCUGUGUCCCUGUGUGUGCAAGUGUUCUCUAAAGGAAUUGCAUCAACCCCUCUGAAUCUGGCAGUGUACUGGAAGUGUGACCCCGCCACGCUGAUCUGACCUCUGACCUGUGUCCCUCUGUCUAGGUGUCCUCUAAUGGGAUCCAGUCGACCCCUCUGAACCUGGCAGUGUACUGGAAGUGUGACCCCGCUACCACUGACCUGAGGCUGGACUACCGCUACAACCCAGAGUCCAUGCUCUGCCCCGGCCCUCUCUCCAAUGUACAGGUUCUAGUGCCUGUAGAUGGAGGGGUCACCAACAUGCAGUCCCUGCCUAAUGCUAUCUGGUGAGAGAAACGAACAGAGAACAUGUGGACAGCAGUACUUUAGUUAUUGAUGCUUUGAUUGAUUGAUUGAUUCGUAUUGACUGAUUUGAUAUUGAUUGAUUUUCCAUUACAAAAACAAACCACAACAGUCAAGACAGCAUAGUACUGGCAUCACCUGUGAGCAUGAUUAAUGUUGUAUUGUACAUAUCGCUAGCAGUGAAUGUGUUUUCUAGUUGUGUGUCUGUAGUAAUAGUGUAUCUAUGGUUUUCAUGUCUCUACGACAGUGGUAGUACAACUACUUGUGUAAGCUACAUAUUCACGUCUUCUUUAAUCUCUUUCCACCAGGAACUCUGAGCUGAAUAAGUCUCUCUGGAAGCUGAGUGAUAUCUCUGAGAAGUCUGAUAAUGAAGGCUCAGGGUCUCUGAGGGCUAAGUUUGAGCUCUCGGACGGCCCAUCCACCCCAACCACCCUGGCUGUGCAGUUUAUGAGUGAGGGGAGCACGCUGUCUGGGGUGGACAUAGAGCUGUUGGGAACCGGGUACAGGCUGUCCCUCAACAAGAAGAGGUUUGCCACAGGUACGUAUAGGACCAAGACCUAGACUCAAAAUCUGACAACUGAUGAAGGCUUCUGCAGCUGAAACAUAUGGGUGCAGGAAUAAAGCAGAGCAGUAUAAACCGUGAAUGGGGUUUCUUUUUCCCUACUCGCCACAUAAUCUGUUGUUACCUAUGUAGACGUGAUGAGCUACAGGUAAUACAUACUAACUUGUCACCUGUUUAUGUUGUUUCAAUGUUCAUGUUGUGACUUGAGGUGAAGAGACUUUUCCCUUUUGGUUAGUCAAAUGUGAAUGAUGUGGUCUAUAUUGUUGUCUAACCUGAGUGGUCCAUGUUUGUGUUGUUCCUUCUCCUAGGUCGUUACAUGGCAGACUGUUGAGUAGGCACACCGUCCUUGACCCCCAAGCACAAUGACUCUAUUGAACAUUUAUUUUCAAAACUUUAGUCCCUUUUGUCCUAUUUAUGAAAGGGGAGGGUUAGAGGGGAGAGGUGCAGCGAAUACAACGUUUUUUUGUGACACAUCUAGACACUUUACAUUAUGUCCCAAUGUACCUUGUCUGUCUCGAGAAGAGAGCUUCUUAGUACAGUAAAGCAGCACUGAGUAUUGAUCACUGUUUAAAAAAGAAAAUAAAUAGAAGAAAAAACUAAGUUGGGCUGUCAGGAAAUGUAAAUGUAUAGAUAUUGAGAAGUGUAAUGCUUUCUGAUCAAUUCAGACUUUUAUAAAGUCAGAACCGUAGUGUUUCGUUAUGUAACAAUGUAUGGAUUAUAUAUAAAUACAUAUUAUAUCGAAAAAAGAAAAAAAAUGGAAAAAAAUCUGCACUAACAAUCUUUCCGUCCAUUUAAAAAAUAUAUUUGUUCUCUCCUUUGUAAAUUGGGUAUGUGUAUUCCACUGAAGCUCUUGUAGUAACAAAGAUUCUGGGUAAAACAGUGAGAAAAGAGAAGAUGUGAGAGGAGAGGAAAUGCCACACUUUCCUCCCUCAUCCCCCUCUCCUCUUCUCCAUUGCAAGUACGAUUGCAGAUUAUUUUACUUUGUGAGACUCGAGUUCUGUUUUUUGCUGAUGUAUCUUUUUUCCUGGGUUAUUUUUAUUCUGAUCAUGUGCAAUGAAGAAAUUAAGGUAUAAGCUGUCUUUUUUUAAACUAAACAGAUUCUCUCAAAAGUUCUCAUAGCACAACAUUUAAUCAGUUGUCCUGUCGCUUCUGACAACUGGUAAUAACACAAGGUCAGCGCUCUUUUAAAAGCAAAAAAAAACAAUACUUAACUGACCUCAGUGCCUCUUUCUUUCUGUGGAUAAAUUCAUUGAAAAACGUACCUAUGUUUUCUCUAUACCCUUUUGUAUGUUAAAAAAGCACCGCUAACUAAAGAAAACACCAAUCUUGUGCCAGUUGUUGUUUUAUAAUCUUGUUUUCGGAUGUUGAAGGGAAAAUGCUUCCAGUUUCUACACCAGUCAAACCUAAAGGUAUCUGACUUCCAGAAACCACUGAUCCAGUGGACUCACUGUCUCAGUUCUGUGUCUUUGCUAUGAUGUCAUCUUUUUAAGUAUUUUCUACUGGGGUAUUUUUUCUAUCUUUGAUCAGAGUGAGAUCUUUGUUCCCAAACUGCCUUCGGUCUAUUUGAGAGCACUGGACAGCCUGUUAGCCAAGCAUCUUAAUCAUAAUCAGGCCAAAUCAAUUCUAGAAAUGCCUUAAGAAAAUAUACCUUGUCAUCUGUUGAUGAUGGUAAUAAGAUGCUACCCAGUUGUAAUAGGCUACAUUACUGCCAUGUUUGCCUGUGUGGAGAGAGACAGACAACAGUUCUUAGUGCUGACUCGAUUUCGUACUGAGUGGUUCAUUCUUGCCUUAUAUACCAAUGGAGGACCAGUAUCUAGAAGGGCUACAUCUCCUAGAUGGAGAGAGAUGCAUACACCUUAUGUAUCACUUCUAUCAAUAUCACAAGCGCAUGUUUUUGUAAGCCUUUUUCAUCCAAUGCCUUCUCCCCAAAACUGCAGUUUUGACAGUAUAGAUAAUGAUCAGAGUACUGUAUUUUCAUUACAAACAUUGAUAUGGGCACACCAGUAACACUGUGAUUGUGGACUGUUAGUGUUCCAUCAUGAAUGUGUCCAUCUGACCACCAUAUGCUUGUUAACUCCUGGCCCGUAUCCACAAAGGAUCUCCGAGUAGGAGUGCUGAUCUAGGAUC